GGAAGGCGAAGCGUCGCCCUCGUUCCGCGGAUCAAGGGUCGCCGCCGCCUCCGGGCAGAAGGGGCUCCGUCGCCCUCGGAACCCGGCGCGCUCCGCUUGGAACGCGGCCGGCCUGGAGGAGGAGGAGGAGGAGGAGGGCGGGACGGAGACAUGUCGGGCUCGGCCCGCCCCUCGCACCCCAAGGGGCAUCCCGGCUCGUCGCCUAGGUCUCACCAUGUCCCCGCCCGCAAGAUUUCCACGGGCAGCGCCGACAUGCUCAGGGCAGUCGUUAUGGCAGCCAAGAAAAACAAGGCGAAGGAGAAAGAGAAGGGAGCCAGCCGGCAGGUAGGAAGAGGCGAGCCAGCAAAUAAAAAGCCUGCCUCUCCGCCCCAGGGCCCCGGCCUGGCCCCCUACUCGAGCCCCGCCGCCGCCCUGAGGCCUCGCCAGCCUUCGCUCAGCCGCCCUCCUUGGUUCAUUCCUCCUCCCCAGUCUGGCUUUCCCCCCCUUUUCCCACCUAAGGGUGAAAUGCUCUGUUCUCCCCAUUCCCUAAAAUAUUCUCUACCCUUCCAGUGUAUUGAGGGGCUGUAGUAAGGCGCAAAUCCUUAUAUUUAUUCUAAUGGUCAGUAGUAGUAAUUUUAUUUUUAUUAUUUAUACCCCGCCACUCUGGACGGCUUCCAACACUUAUGGGUCUUAAUAAUAAUAAUUUUAUUAGUGUUGUUCUGAAGGGUGGUCAUAUGUUACAUUUGCCUUUUGAAAUAACAACAACAUUACUAUUUAUUUAUUUAUUUAUUUAUUAAUUAUUGAAUUUAUAUACCUGCUGCUCUAUACCCGGAGCUCUCGGGGUGGUUAACACAGAACAAAAUCAAAAUAUAAAACCACUGUGUGUGUGUAUACAAAAAAUGCAAACAACAACUCAAUGACUACAAUUGUUUUGUAGGAAUAUGACUACAAUUGUUUUGUAGGAAUAUAUCGUAGAACUGUAGAGUUUGAAGGGGUCCUGAGGUCAUCUAGGUCAACCCCCUGCAACACAGGAAACAAAGCUAAAGCACUGAUGGCCAUCCAACCUCUGCUUAAAAACCUCCGGGGAAGGAGAGUCUACAACCACCCAAGGGAGACCAUUCCACUGUUGAACAGCUCUUGCAGUCGAAAAGUUUUUUCCCCCAAAUGUUUAGUCAGAAUCUUCUUUCUUGUAACUUGAAAUCAUUGGUUCGAGACCCACCCUCCAGGAAAAAACAUAUUAUACACAUACAUUAUAACUGUUUGAAAUUAUUAUUAUCGCCCUUAAAAUUGCACAUAUCAGGGCACAUUAAAAAUAAAAGAAGAGCCUGCUGGAUCAGGCCAGUGACCCACCUAGUCCACCAUCUUGUUCUCGCAGUUGUCACACAGAUGUCCGUGGGAGCAGAAUCCAAGCACAAGACCACUAUCCCCUCCUGUGGCUUCCAGCAAUUGGUAUUCAAAAGCAUUACCACCUCCAACCAUGGGGCAAAGCCAUCAUGGCUAGUAGCCAUUGAUUAAAGCUAAAGGUAUUGUUAGACUACAGUCAUGCACGCUUACCUGGGAGUAAGGCCUGCAGAGGUCAGUGGGACUUCCAUACAGCACAUGUGUAAAAAUCCUUGCACCUGUGUCAUGUCUCUGUCUGUCUCUUCAGCAUCCAGCCCACUUUCUUCUGUUUUGCUUACAGUGCAGUCCUAUGCAUGUCUACUCAGAAGUAAGUCCCACUAAGUUCAUUGGGGCUUACUCCCUUGUAAAUGUGCAUAGCACUGCAGUCUUAGGUGCAUAUAACAUGUAAAUGAGCCUUUUUUGUUCAUUGUGGGAUGCUGUGUUCUGUGUUUUUCAUUAUAUAAACGAAUAUUUCUUAAAGCAUAAAAGGAAUUUUAAAAUACCAGAAUGAAAAUGCAAUAAUUUCAGCAAAAUCUCUAGAACAGCAGGGUAAAAACGGCAUGAUUUGAAACUCCCUCAGAUGGCAAAAAACCACAAUAAGAAAGGCCUUUCCCUGUCACUGAAAAUACCUGGAAGUAAAUAGAUGUUAUUUCCCACCUGCUUUACCUGAGAUGGCAGAGAUACCCUGAAGAUGACCUGAGUACAUGGGCAGGUUGGUGAGGAAUAAUAAUGGUUAGUAUUCAUAUGGCCCUUCAGAGUUGUGGCUUCUCCUGCUGCUGCUAAAGGAGCCCUGCUAGCAAAAGAAUGGCAACCAAGAUUCAGAUGUGAUUCACAUUGUGACAUAGCUGAUGACAGUGGCAUCAGCUAUGUCAUAAGGGGAUGUAGCUCCAUUAUGACAUAACUGAUGACAUAGCUCUCUUUCAGCCUUCCACACUGUUAUUUCCUUCGCUGUACUACCUCUCCACUCUACACAAACACGAGAAAACCUUUUCAUUUUCACCAAGAUGCGCCUCUCUGGAUUCCGGUAGGGAAACCAUAAGUUUUGUCAGUAUAUACAUGUUUGCAUUAGCACUGGUGUACAUAGUGGUUUUUAGAUUAAAACAAAUUGCCAUACUUUUCUCCCACCUUGUUAGUUUCCCUGAACUUCAGAGGCAAUGGAAUAAAGAAAAGGAAAUUCGCAUCUACAAAAUUGCUAAUGAUUUCCCUAUCUCUUAUUAAUUUUAUGAGAGGCCAGGGGAUGGGAACAGUAAAGAAAAUAGCUGUGUGGCAGAUGUCUUCUGCCAUAUUAAAAGAGGAGGAAUCUGGGGUCCAUCCUAUACCAGUUAGCUGUGAUCAAAGAGAUUUACAUAGACAAAGAUCAUGAAAAUGUGACAAAGCCAUCCCAAAUUGGAAUGAUUUUGUGGGGGGAGAUGGUGUGUUGAGAAUUAAACAUUCCCUCCAGAUAGAAAGCAUUUGUAUACAGGUGGUGCAAAAAUGCAGAAAGAUUGAAUGUAGUUAUAAAUACAUAUUGCUAGGUGACCAUAAAAACUGAUGCAAGCACAUUUAGUAUUGCAUCUUGAUGUUUUAUGCGUGCAUACCAAGAAUGGGAAAGAAACUCGAAAGUGCUUCCAAGUGGAUCAUGUGAAAUGAGUGAAAAGGGCAGAGUUAGCAUGGUGGAAGUGUUGGAAGUAAGCUUUAAUUGUUAAGAAGAAGGAGAAGAAGAACAGAAGUUGUGGAGUGCCAACCUAGUUGCUAAAAAUAGUGUACAUGCAAUGCCAAAGAGCUUUAGCUAAACACGUGUCAAAUGCGGAAGUUCCCAGAUUCCUGAAAACAUGGAGAAGUUCUUCCAAUCAGCUUAGAGACAAUAGCAACCUAAAAGGACAAGUGAUCUAACUUGGUAUAAGGCAACUUCCUAUGGUCCUGUAGAUUGGUAACUGACAUGUUUUAAUGGUAUAAAUGCCAAGAGACUUGUGCUGCUUUUAAAACCUUUUGACCAGCCAGUCACUUUAACGAUCACUCUGUUCUGUUUUUAAUUGUGUUUAUAUUUUAUAGUAUGCAUAAUGUACACCACCCUGAUAUUUUAUUAGAGGGUGGCAUAUAAAUACUUUUAUAAAUAAAUAAAUAAAAGACACAAACUUUUUUUUUUUAAAAAAAACCCCAAACCCUUGAUGUCAGUGUUUUGAAGCAAUGUUUGGGCCAUGACUUGGAAAUCUGACAGCCUGAUCCUAUGCAUGUUAAUUUUGGUGUUUGAGACAGUUCAGUAGGGUUUUACUCUUAAGUAAGCAUGUGUAGGACUGAAGACUGAGUAAAGCUGGCUUGCUUUUUAAUAUAAUUUAUUUGGCAGUGUACAAAAAUCAAGAAGAAACAGGCAGUGCCCAAAGGCUUACAAUCUGAAGUUAGACAGAGCACAUUGGGGAGAAAACCAAAAAGGGAAGGAAGGUCAGUGAGGAGAAGCCCGUGUGAAUCAAAUGUAUGAAGGAAGAGCUUUAAUUCAGAAAGUAGACUGGCAUGAGAUGUAAAGGAAAUCACUUUUAUAUUGCUGCUGGUAGCAGGGAUUAAACCAGAAAGACGUAUGUGUGUGAGAUAGAUUUUAAUAGUCUGUGUUUUAUCUAGAAGUUCAAUUACACCUCUCACUAAUGAUUUUUUUUUAAAAAAAAAUAAUUAAAUUUGUAUACCACCCAUUAUUUGUAGAUCUUGAGGAGGCUUACAACAUAAAAAUACAAUGGAAAAAUAUUGCAUCUAGUAGUACAGGUAUGGCAUUUUUAUUCUGCCAGGCUUUCAGUUAAUUUUAAUUCAUAGCUGCCUGUGGCAUGAAUUUGUUGGUUUGUUUUAAUGCUCUCUGGUUUUAUAACUUUUUAAAUUGGCACUUUAAUGAGGACCAAAGUGUGGUAUAGAAAUUAUUUUAUGAAUAAAUGGAUAAGUACAUAUGGGAAAGAGUUCAGAAUCUGAUUUUUCGUGAUAUCCGAACCUUGGCUUCUGAUUUGUUAUCCCCCAAGAAAAGUAAGCCAAGAACAAACCUUUGUUACUACUUACACUUUAUUGGGAGAGAAAUGAAUCACAAGCUAGGAUUUGAACAUUAAAACAAAACAAACUCUGACUUGUUUUCUGGCAUUGUGGCAGAAGCAGAGACAUAGUAAGGCACCAGCCUGCUGCUGCCCAUUCACAUUAAACCAUUUUUAACUAUGGUUUGAACCAGACCAAUGGUUGUGAUAUGGUGAAGUGCAUUAAUUCAGAUUGUGUAAGAAUUAAAAUUGUAAUUCAUUGGAGUAUGGUCAGGUAAAGAUUGGGCUUGCAUUUCCUUGCAUUCAAAUGCUCUCUUUUGUCAAAGAUGGGAAAGAUCGAUCCAUUUAUCCUUACCUGGGUUUCCAUCAUUUUGGGAACAGUGUUGUAGAAAAGGGUCAGUUGCAUUUACAGGUCACUAUCCAGAUGUGGCAUCCCACUUGUGCAGCAGACUUCCUCUUACAGGACUUCCCCUUCCUCCUCUCUCUGCAGCUCCCUCCUGUGUACCCCCAAAAUCAGCUGUAGGGGGUUUGGGGAUCCCUUGGAAACAGGUUGGGGCCAUGGGUGGGCUGCAAGGGGCAGGAGGAAAAGGACCACUGUGUCUGCUGGUGCAACAUUGGAUCUCACCCAUAAUACUAAGAUUGGCUCUGUCUAUAGACAUCAGUACACUUAAUAACUGGGGCAAAAUCUUUACCAUAUUUUCUUUCCUUCUGAGAUGGAUUUGCUUUUUUUUUAUGAAACACAGUAUUUUUCAAAAGAUGGCUUCAGAAAAUCACCUCAAAGUAGUAAAGCAGUAUUGUGACUGUACCUAAAUGACAUGUCUAUUUUUCCUGGAUUUUUUUUUCUAUUCCACAAGAUUUCUGAUAUGCCCAUUAUACCUAUGUUCUCUCUUAACAGUGUGCAAUCCCAUGUCUCUAUCUUGAAUUGUUCUAGUACUAGCCUGUAAGUACCUUUACUCUGUGCCCCUCUCAGAAUUGUCUCUUUGUGUGCAAGUUGUCUUUGGCCUCUUCAAACAGCUGUCAUUUCUCCCCCUCCCCUGUAUGCUCAUUGUCAAGUUUUACCCUAUUGCCACUUUGAUGACUAGAAAUAUUUACACCAUCAUCCCUAAAGGAUGAAUUGUCCUGAACCCAAUGUUCCACAGCUCCUGUCAGCUUCCCCCCAGAAAUAGGUUUAAAAGCUGCUCUGCGGCCUUUUUGAUGUUAAGCACCAAUAGUCUGCUUAACGAGCAGAGUCAAGGAAGCUAUAAAAGGCAAGAAGUUUUCAUUUAAAAAGUAGGAGUUUUGUUGAAAUGGGGGAAAUAAAAAGGAGUGCAUACUUUGGCAAUAAGGCAAGGGAAAAAGAACUUGGGGAGUUUGUUGCUGAAAACAUUAAGGCAAAAUUAAAUAGUCUAAAUAUAUCAGAAUCCAGAAACCAGCCCUGGAGGCGGUUGAAUUGUUAAAUGACCUACGUACAAAAGGAUGACUGAAGAAGGAUUGGUAGAUUUUCAUAGAGUCCUGCUGAGGAUACUACUUUGAAAACUAAGUCAAAUAAAGGUGACAAGUUUAAUUAUCUGAGGUACCAUAUUUUUCGCCCUAUAGGACACACUUUUUCCCCUCCAAAAAUGAAGGGGAAAUCUGUGUGUGUCCUAUGGGGCGAAUACAGGAUUUCGCUGAAGCUUGGAGAGCGAGAGGGGUCGGUGCGCACCGACCCCUCUUGCUCUCCAGGCUUCAGGAAGCUAUCAGCAAGCCUGGGGAGCCCGCAGGAGUUCCUGCAGGGCUCCCUAGGCUGCGGAUAGCAGCCUGCCGCCCGGCGUGAGGGGCGCCCUGAAGCAGAGCACCCCGCGCACCAGGCAGACAUCCGCAGCGUGGGGAGCCCAGCCCCACAAGCUCGGGGGACAGCGGGGAGGCGCAGCGCCGCCAUCCCGCUGUUCCCCGACCUGGUUUGGGGGGGGGGAAAUAAAGGGGAAAAAAUUCCUUUAUUUCCCCCCCCAAAAAAACUAGGUGUGUCCUAUGGGACGGAGCGUCCUAUGGGCCUAAAAAUACGGUAAUCAACAAAUAAAAAAUUAAUGCAUGGCUGGGUCUGCAUGGGUUAGGAAUAAGAGUUCUUAAAAGUGAAAUUUCUGAUACUUUAUUUAAAAAUAUAUAUUUUAUUAAUACAGUGGUGCCCCGCAAGACGAAUACCUCGCAAGACGGAAAACCCGCUAGACGAAAGGGUUUUCCGUUUUGGAGGUGCUUCGCAAAACGAAUUUCCUAUGUGCUUGCUUCACAAGACGAAAAUGUCUUGCGAGUUCCUGCGGGGUUUUUUUCCUUCCCCCCCCCCCCUUUUUCCCAAGCCGCUAAACCGCUUAUCAGCUUAUCGGCUAAGCCGCUUAACAGCUGAUCGCUAAGCCGCUUAUCAGCUGAUCCUUAAGCCGCUUAACAGCUGAUCGCUAAGCCGCUUAUCAGCUGAUCCGCUAAGCCGCUAAUACUGUUGCGCUAAACCGCUAAACCGCUAAUGGGCUUGCUUCGCAAGACGAAAAAACCCGCAAGACGAAGAGACUCGCGGAACGGAUUCUUUUCGUCUUGCGAGGCACCACUGUACUUAUAUCCUGCUUUAUAGUCUCAAAAGGCAAUCAAAGUGACCUACGAAAGAUUCAAGCCUGUUACUAGGACAAGAGAGCACAUGGUUAAUCUGAUUUUAAGCUGUAUUUCAGUCAAUUGCUGAAUUUUAUGUUUUAAUGUAUUUAUAUUUUUAUGUUAGCCGCCCUGAGCCCGGUUAUGGCUGGGGAGGGCGGGAUAUAAAUAUAUUAUUGUUGUUGUUGGCCCUAUGGCACCAGGAUUAUUCAGGAGGUAUUUCCUACCUUCAUCCCUAGUUGUUUGUGGUGUUGCACUACAUCUGCUGCCUACUGGGCAGCAGAGCCCACUGAUGUCCUCGCUGGAUCUCACUCAGACCAUGAUGGAGAGAAUCUUCCUUUGUUGCCUGUUGGCAGUUGCCAAGCAACAGUUCCUAUUGAGAUCUUUGAGACAAAGGAAUGAGACUGAGGAGCUGGGUCUUGUCUAGGUGAUGAUGGAGGCAAGUAUUCCCUUGAUAACAUUUGGCAGGCAACAGCUUACAGUAGGCAAGGGAGUGGGUCUAAGCAGCUGGGUCUCGCUCAUCUCACAGUAAAGCUAAGUCUUUGUGAGUAGUUGCCACACAGCAGCUCCCACUGUGUGUUCUGAGGCAAGGGAGUGCGGAUGAGUGGUUCUACUUUACUCAGACCUUGAUUGAUCUUUGCACUGAAAUUGGCCUUCAUGUUGGAGGAUUUGAAUGCUGCUAAUCUAAUACCAGUUUUUAAGAAGAGGUCUUAUAUCCUACUGUCUGUUCCAGGUAUAUUGAUGGGAAGCAGAAUUAAACAUAUGAAAUAACAAACUCUGCUGAGGAAGAAUCAAUGUGGCUUCUGAAAAAAUAAGUUCCGUCUUACCAACCUCUAGGAGUUCUUUAGAAGUGUCAACAAACACAAAAAUAUGGGUGUAGACAUUAUAUAUUUGAGUUUCCACAAAGCUUUUGGCAAAGGUCCUCAUCAAAGGCUCUUGAGUAAACUUAGUUGCCGUGGAUUGGUAACUGGUUAAAGAACAGGAAGCAGAGAUUAGGAGUAUGCAGACAUUUCUCACAAUGAAGAGCAGUAAGAAGUGAGGUUUGUUCCUAUUGGAUAUAAAAUGCUGGCUUUUAUAGGAACUAAGUCUUCCCCAGCAGAACCUCACAUUGCUUUCUACCAAUUUGCUGAGGGAUAUUAGGUUAAUUGUAGUUGCUGCUUCAGAAGUUGCUGCCAGAUGAUACUAAAACCUCAGAAGUCCAAAAUACGGCAGCAAUUUCUCCCAAUACAGCGAUUGCUUAUGAGCAUAUCCCCAAUGAGACAAUUGGGAAUCUCUAGGUAAGGAAGAUGCCAGUUCACACAUUUCAGUGUUGCGGGCAAACCACUGCAGUUGAUAAACCAGCAGUAAAACUAUGGAACCCUUUGCCACAGAAAGCAACGAUGAUCCAGCAGGCCAUUAUGUUCUUAUACAUGUACAGCCGAAGCAAGGGGGCGGUGGGGCUUUUCACUUCUUGUUGGUAAUAAGAUAUGAAUUGGUAAACAGCGGUAUUUGGUGUUCGGUACAAGUAAACAGGUGCACAUUUCAUAAAUUGCUAAUAAUUCCUAUAGUACUACAGUGUGAUUUACAAGCCAUGGUUUAUUUUCCCUUUCCUUUUUUUAAAUUGCUUUUAACUAUUAAGCACUGGUGGGGUCGGGGAGGGGGCUCCCUCCUUGCAUUGACUUUGUCUUCUAGGACAUGGCUUGCUUCUAUUUUGAGUGGGAUUGUAAAUCAACAUGGCUAUUUUUGGUGUGCUUCCUUGCUUAAGAAAUAGAACAGCUCAAAAAUAGAUGCUAUUGCACUUUACCUGCCUGGUGAUAGCAUGGAUAAUUUGAGACUUUCAGAAAUUAAUGUAUAUUUAGAAACAGUGAGUCUGUGUGCUGUUAGACUAUGUCAGUUAUGUGCAGGACAAGUUUGGGGUCUAAGGCACUGGCUAGCUUCUCUACCAGUGAAUGUUAUGUAAACCCUCCCCCCAAAGCCUGAUGUGGUAUCUGGUACAUAAAGAUUGUCCAGCUGCAGAAGUACUUACUCAUCCCCAGCCAUUGCUUUCUUUUGAAAGGCAGUCUGCUUCCUCCUUGGGAAGACAUUUGCUUGUGCAGUGGAACUUCCUCUUCCUCUCCUCCUCAUGCCCUGCAUCUGUUCUGGGGGUUCCCCUUCCUUGAGCAGAUUUGGAAGGGGCGUAGAGAGUGGAAGUUCCACCAUGGAAGCAGAUGUCUUUGCACUAACAGGGUGAUUCCAUUGGAUACAACCAAUUAUCUUGAUCAUUGAUGCCUCUUUUCCUUUAUAGCAGGGGUGGAGAAGCUCCGGCCUGGGGGCCAAAUGUGGUCAUCCAGGCCACUCUAUCCAUUCCUCAGGACUUUGCCCAAGCCAAUUCCCAGGCCACUCCUCCUUAUUUAUUAAAUCUAUAUACCACCCUUCAUCAAAAGAUCAUUGGCCAUGCUCCAUACCCUCCUUGAGUGCUUUUAUGUGUCAGGGAUGUGCUGUUGAACCGUGAUAAUCUCUCUUGCUUGCCUUCAUGGAGGUUGUAGAAAUGUGUUUGGGUGCAGAAAUGUUUGCAUGGUGGGAUGUUGGAAUUGCAUUAUGCUGCUCUACCACUCUUACCCUGGCCCAACCAACUUUUUGUUUCUGGCCACACCUACUUCUCUCUGACCCUACCUACCACAGGCACCUGAUCUAGGGUUGCCAAAACUCCAGGUCUGGCCUGAAGUCUCCAGGUUUGCUUGGCCCCCUGCAGGGGCCAGGUGGAGACCUGCAUCUCCAAGUGGGCAAGAGUGCCUUUAAUAAAUAAAGAUUGCAAGCUUCAGCCUGAUAGGAGUUCACUGCAAAUUAUAGCAUAGACAGUUAAGCUCCAUCUUCAGGACCUGCCCCCAUGACAUCAUCAGGGGCCGCCCCCUAGGUCUUGGGUUAGGGCCCUGAUAUCACAGGGUCUCCUGAUCUGUCAACCCUAAUGUGCUCCUCUGCAGGUUUCCCACAGGAAAAUGCUGGCCUAGGGCUGAAAAGGGUUCCUCCGCCUUUGCUUAAUCAAUAUCUAUAUAAUCAAAUUUAAGUGAUGCAUUUUGAAACUAGGCAAAAUAUUUCAAUGGUUUUUUUCAAGAAGGAAAAAAAAGAAGUUGGAGGGGGAAAGAUAAGAGGAGACACCUUAUAGGAAUUGGAUAGGUCAGGCAUCCCCAACCUGUGGUCCUCCAGAUGUUUUGGCCUACAACCCUAUGCUAACAGGACCAGUGGUCAGGGAUGAUGGGAAUUGUAAUCCAAAACAUCUGGAGGGCCGAAGGUUGGGGAUGCCUGGGAUAGGUUAUUAUUUCAGUAUGUGAAAGAAGCUUCAGGGACGUUCAGCAUUUAUUGUCUAUUUUCAUUACCGUCUUUGUGAAGUCCCUGAAAGGGUGGUCUGUGUUGAACCUCUUGUGGUCCUUGGACCAUAGUUUAAUAACCUCUGGGAUAAGAGUUUCAUUCAAAUUUAGCUUGUUAACUAGUAUGAACUUGAAUUUCUGCUUUGCAAUGUUGCGUUCUCUGAGAAGUAUUUCAUUUACAAAUGUAAGACAAAUUAAUUUCCACUUAUCUGUCUAUUCCCAAAUCAGCUAAGUUAGCAUUGGCAGCUGCCAUUGUUUCUUUUUAUGCAUUGAUGAAGAGAGAUCCUUGAAAUAAAUAAGUUGUGUGUGUGGCUGCUAUUGUAAUGUAAUGUAAUUUGCUUUCUACAGGAUGAGGAUGCUGUUAAAGAAGAAGAGGCAAUGGCUUGGAAAUUGCUUUCCCUUACGCAGAUUAAUAUUUUGUUGGAACAAGAUAUAGCAGGAGUUCAAAGGUAAGUCUGUUGAACUUAACCAUAAGUAUAGAUUGAUAUUGUUCUUAUUUUUAUUCUCUGUUGAGUUGAACAUCUUAUACCAGUUUUUGCCAGAUUCUUUCCAAAGGACAGAGCAAUGGAAUCCUAUACUGAUUUAGGAUCUUUUGACUAGUAGUUAUCCACACACUCAUGCUUUCUUGUGUUUGAUUGCCAUUGUAAGGGAAUUUAUCGUGUUACUCUACUUGUGGGUUUAUUUAAAGUGACUACAUAAUCAAAGUGAGUUAAUUACAUUUAUUAAUUUAUGCCCUGUCUUUCCAAAGCUCUGGAUAGCUGACAACAUGAAAAUGUUAUCGUAAUUAAUUAACGCUUAUUUGCACUAAAUUAGGCCUGAGCUCAUGGUACAGUGCUUACAGUGAGGAAUCACAUGAUAAUGGUUUUCUAUCAGGUCAACAGGAUUUACGCAGAUUACUAAAGUCUGGUUAAACUGCUCUUUUAAAAGGAGGGUAUGGGAAGCAAGAUUGUUGUAGCUACAUGUCCUAGCUUGGUCUUAAUGCUCCAGUUUUGGAUAAUCACAAUUUUUAAUUGCAGUUAUAUGGAAAUGUUCCUAAAUCUGAAAGAACCUUUGACAUCUUUGAAACAAGCUGCAUUACUGGAUUAUUAUGUCUCUGGAUUUUGGUGGGCUAAAGCAUUAGACUUCACACCUGUGCAACUUGGAGGACUCCUGACUCUGUUAAAUAUGCUGAUGAAUAACAUUGAGAGUAAGUUUUGUUGUAUUUUGCAUUUUGGGUUUUCCGUUUGAGCACUUUAAUAAAUUAAUUUACUUUUUGUUAGAAGUAGUUGUUUUCUCAACCCUGUUUUGUUUUUGAGCAAGAAUGAGUUGCAAAAGCAUGAUUUUUGAGCAUCCCAAGUUUCAGCAGGUAGUAACUUUAUUUUUUAUACAACUCACUAGCCAUUGUUAUUUUGCUUAGUAAAUUGAAAAGAUGCAUGGAAGCCAGAAAUUGCAGAGUUAAAGGCAGUGACAUACUGUGUAGGCCUGACCACGGUUUCAUGUUGUUUGAAGCCUUCUGCACACCUUCUCACUAAUCAAAUACAGUUGAUGUAUUUUGUAAUUAAUUUAUUUGAAAGGAUCUGAAAAUAGAAUUAAUUUAUAUGUAAACCAGAUAACGACCAUGAUCAUCAUAUUGUAAACUUGCUGCACUUUUAGAUGUGUGUGUGUGUGUGUGUGUGUGUGACUGCACCCCUACUUGCUCCAAUCACCAACUCCCCUGUCAUUCUGUUCACAUUAACCCCUGGAGCUUCCCCUUCCCUCCUCAUGCAACUAUUACAUUCACUUUUCACCCUCCCAACUCAAUUUCUGAAGUCUCUGCUUUGCACACGUUUUCGCUUUCACCCGUGUCCAUGUGCUCCUGCUUUUGUGUAAUCCACCUUGGGCACAAACCAUUCCCAUGAUGACCUUCUGCAUCUUCCUCCUGCCACACAGUGCAACUACCAAGCAUCCUUUCCACGUUCUGCCCAGUUAUGAAGCCACCAUCCUUUCCAAUUCUUCAGACCCUUUCAUGUCCCAGGUUUCAAGCUCAACCCUACAGUGGUGCCCCGCAAGACGAAUGCCUCGCAAGACGAAAAACUCGCUAGACGAAAGGGUUUUGCGUUUUUUGAGUCGUUCCGCAAGACGAAUUUCCCUAUGGGCUUGCUUUGCAAGACGAAACGUCUUGCGAGUUCUUGCGAGUUUGUUUCCUUUUUCUUAAAGCCGCUAAUAGCCGUGCUUCGCAAGACGAAAAAACCGCAAGACGAAGAGACUCGCGGAACGGAUUAAUUUUGUCUUGCGAGGCACCACUGUAUUUCCAUGCCACCUACUCCCCACUUUUUUUUGGAAGCUCCUUUGCACCCUUAUUUUCACAUUUACUCCCUUUUUUCCUCCACCACUCUUCAUAUUUUUCCCAACUCUCAUUUGCACACAGAUUAUCCCCCAUUUCCAUACCUUCUCCUUUCAUUCUGAACCCCCCAUUGCACAUACCAUGAUUACCUUUUCCCCCUUUUCCCUGCCACCUCCUUCAUUUUUUUCAACUUCCCCUUGCACACAGAAACACCCCCCACCCCACAUUUCUUUGCUUCCUCCUCUCUCCUUUUCUAUAGCCACCUUUGUGCAUAAAAACUAAUCUUGACAUGGGAGUAUUUGAAAGCCAAAGCUUUGCAGAUCUGUUUGCAAUAUGAAACAGUUCUCUGAAAAAGAGCUUGACAUUCUUUUCAGUAGACUCAGUCCAAAGGUACAAUCUGCUCUUUUGUGGGAAUAUUUUCCCAGUUGGUUCUUCCUGAUGUUCUUCCAGAGGUGGCUGCCUCAUAAUUGCUUUUCUGAAUCAACCACCUCGUUUACAUUAACAAGGAAUUCCAUGCUAUUUGGGGCUGGCAUAGUUAUUUAUUUAUUUUUAGAUGUAUAUGACCUCCAUCAAAGACUAUGCUCUGGGAUAGCAGUAUUGUUCACUGUCUUUGGUAGUUCGAACUAGAGUGCAUUCUUACAGGACAAUUCACUCAUCCCCACUUUAAUAUCCUGAAGAAAAUGGCCAUUAUCUGAUUUUGCCUUGGUUAUUUUUUUGCCUUCUCUUAGUUCAGUAUCUGAUUCAUCUCUUGAACACCAAUCAAGUGAAUUUAGGAGUGAUUAUGCCUGGAGAAUUGCUUGUGCAAUUUAUUUCUUAAUGUGGCAAAUACAUUGAGCUUUGAAAGCCAUGAGAUCUGGGUGAAAUCUAGCUGAAUUAUCUAGUUGUUUGUACGUAAAAGAUUUGCAACAUAAUGCCUUUCCAGCUAAUAACUAGUUGUCAGAUCUUAUUUUCCACACUUGAUUUAAAACCUUCAAAGUGUUAAAAAUGAGGGUGGGUUGUGUGGUUUUUUCUGGUAUGCAUUGCAGCUCAGCAUAUGACACUGGAAGAUAACAUCCAAGAACUCAGAAAUGCAAUGGCUGGAAUUGGGCGACGUAACUCGGAGAAAAGCGGUGGCUUUGAGUUCUUCACAGUGGAGCAAGCCAAAGCCAUAAUCAAUUAUUUGAAGAUCAGGUAUUUAUCUUACAUGUUCAUUGUUAAGAAGCACUCUGUGAUGCACCGUACCAAAUGCACGCAGUGUUCAGAUGUCAUAGAUGCCUCUUAUGAAUAAGUAUAGCUUCUUAUAGAUAAGAGAAGCAGAGUGGUGUUGGAUUAGGACUUGGGAGACCAGGGUUCAAAUAGACUCUCAACCAUGUAGUUCAGCGAGCAACCUUGGGCCAGUUAGUCUCACAGCACAACCUACCUCACAGGGUUGUCGUGGCAUAACCUACACCACAGUAUUGUUGUGUUGAUAAAAUGGGGACGGGGAGAGCCAUCCAUGCCCCCUUCAGCUCCUUAGAGGAAAGGUGGGAUAUAAAAGAAAUGUAGUAAUAAUAAUAGUCAUUUAUAAUAAUAAGCCCUCACACCACAUCAGCUAAUAAACCAUGUUUUGGGUUACUUAUGUGACAUACAUCUGUAUUUUCUGAGGGUCCUGAUAGGUAUCAUACAGCCAUUAAAAUAUAAAACCAAGUUAAAUGGGAAAAAUAGGUCCUUUUAAAAAUAAAAACUAAUUUACUUCAAAAUAUCAAAUUCACAGGAUAACAAAAUAUGAUAUGGGUGCAUAUAACAGUGACAAAAAAGCACAAAGUCAAGGAGGUCUUGAUGGGAAGAACCUCACAUACAAUUUCUCUCUGAUAUUUAUAUCCUUACUCACGUUGAUUAGUAGCAAUGUCUAAUGUCUUGAAUCACGGUGAGCUGUCUGAAGUUCAAUUUUGGCGUCUACAUUUCAGCAUUUCCCAAAUGAUGUGUUCCCACUACAGUUCAAAACAAAAUGCUUGACUUUAGGUCAGGCAUGAGUUCCCUGCCUGUGAACCCCAAUAUAAAUGUUUGAAGCUUCAAAAAUAUCUCCACUGUAUGUUCAUCUUGCCACGCUAGUAAGCAGUAUUAACAAUAUUAGUUUGACCCAGGUUCCUUCAAACUCUUUCUUUGCUCUUCCAGAGAUAGGAAUAAAGUUGGUGAACAAAUAUCUAACCACACUGGCAGAUACUGGUUAGAAAAUACUGAGCUAAGAGGAAAUACAGUAACUACCUGAAGAGGGCAGAGUGGAGAAAGUAAAAAACUACAAGUUAGCUCUAUCAAGGUUAAUAUUACAGUGAAUAUAACACUCCUCCCCCUCAAUAUUUUUGUGAGAUAAUAGACAGCAAUCUCACCAGAAGGCAAAAGUCAAUAAGCAAGCUAUUUGUAAAGUUCAUCUUAAACUAAAUGAAAUCUACUAAGAAACUUCUGGGAUCGCCAUCUAGUUAAUACCUCUUAUGCAGAUUCUUGCCACAGUUUCUGGCCAACAAAACAUGGGGGGACUUUACACAUUUUAAAUUCAGUCUAUGUUUAAGGAUGACAAAGAAGAGGAGACAGGGACAAGGAGACAAGAGUGUGUAUUUCGUGCAUUGUAUUUCGUGCAUUGGAUUAGAUGGAGAUACCCAACCUUUGUAGUAGUAAACCUCCCUGAAUCAACUCUGAGCUUCUGGGAGGUUCACAACUAAAGAGUAAAGAUUGGGAACUCAGGGAUUAAUUCUUAUAGUACAAGCAGUGGCAGCAUCAGAUUUUUUUUCUUUGGAAGAGCACAGAAGGGGCAAAGUAUAUUUCUAGGUGGGAGAGUGGUGUAAUCUUAAUCAGUUUAUUACAUUUUUGUUGCUACAUUUUUGUUGUUACAUUUUAUUCAGAUUAUUACAUUUUUGAUUCUUUGUUUUCUUUUAUUGUUACAUUUGCACUUUUUGUUAAAAAAACAUGUUAAUCAUCAGGUUGUUUUUUUAAUUGAUUGGCUUUUUAAUUAUAUUUGCAUGUGUCUUAAAUUAAUAUUUUCAGGUGUGUGGGGGGGGUGUCCCUUUUUAUUUUUUACUUAACUGCCCACUUGGGGUUGCAGUCCUCCUUUGUGAAAUCAAAUGUCAUUAACAGUUGCAAUUAACAAAGUGUUCAGUUUCUCCCAAGAAGCAUCUAUUCAGAGGUAUACUAGCAUUGGUGCAGGGCAACUAAUGCAAAUACAAAAUAAAUGUCUGGCUGGAUCACAACUGCAAUAGUCCCACUCUAUUCUGCCUCGGUCAAACUGCAACUAGAGUACUGUGUCUGGUUCUGGGCACCACUAAAAAGGAUAUUGACAAACUGGAAUGUGUGCAGAGGAGGGCAACCAAGAUUAUACAGGAUCUGGAAAGCAAAUUUUAUGAGGAAUGGUUGAUGAAAUUAUGUUUAGCCUGGUAAAGAGGAGACGGAAAGGGAAAUACAGUAGCCAUCUUCAAAUCUCUAAAGGGCUGUCACAUGUAGGAUGGAGCAACCUUGUUUUCUCCUCUAGGACCCAAACCAAUGACUUCAAGUUACGAGAAAGUAGAUUCUGGCUAAAUAUCAGGAUGAACUUUUUGAGAGUAGGAGUUGUUCAACAGUGGAACAGACUCCCAUGAGAGGUGGUGAACUCUCCUUCCUUGGAGGUUUUUAAGCAGAGGUUGGGUGGCCAUCUGUCAUUUUUAAGAUUCCUGCAUUUCUGGGGGGUUGGACUAGAUGAUUCCCUGGGUCCCUUCCAACUCAGCAGUUCUGUCAUUCUCUGAAAGACAAAUGUUCCCAGGAACGUCACAUGCAAAGGCAACAACCUCUCCCAGGUAUUUGGAGGUAUGCUGCUUUUGAGCACGAAGCCUCCAAUCAGCUGCCACAUUUUAUUUAUAUAUAGGCCACCUUUCGCAGUUUCCUUCACACAAAGUGGCUCACAACCUGUUAAAGCACAAUUUAUGACAUAUUACAAGCCAUAAAAAAAUGAAAACAUAACAUGAAACAUAAUCACACAUUGCCACAACAAUACUGGCAAAAGAAAUGUGUUUGAUGUAAACGGACAUCGAAACUAGCAAUUUGAAAAACAAACCAACAGAACAUAAAUGCCUAACAUAAAUAUCAGGGUGAAAGCUGUUUGGAAUUGUAAAAGAACAAUGAAACGGGGAACUGCGUACAACAGCAGACUUGAUAGAUGCAUUUUUCCGGUCAGGAAAACUGGUGAAGAGUUACUUCCUGAGGGAGAAAAGGGGUGGACCACUCCCACCAGCUCUCUCACUUUGCAUCCUUCCAUUUGUUGCUUGUUUGCUGCUUGCCUGCUGUCCAAACUGCAGGAAAAUUAUCCCAUAUACAAACAGCAGAAUGUAUCAUUUGAGGUAAUAAACUAGAAAUGGAAACUGAGGGAAGUCAACGGGGGGGGGGGGAAUUGAAAAUUAGUAUUGAUAUUGGAAAUUUAUUUUGAAAAUGUAAAAGCAAUAAAAAAUAUAACAACAAAAAACUGCAGGAAAAUGAUCCCAGGCCAGUCCCUGAACUGGCUUGGGAUUGGAUGUCUCUUGAAAGACAGCAUGCCUUCCUUCACUAGAAGUUGCAUCUGGAUCACCAGGGCAGUGGAGUAGCACCUGUUCUGGGCCUGACACAGAUGCUUAAGUGGAGAUUCCUGUACUGCAGGGGGUUGGACUAGAUGACCCUCUGCCCCCUUCCAACUCUACAACUCUAUGAUUCUAUUCCACCUCUGCAGCUCUAACAGUAAGGUGGCUAUGGCCUGUUUUAACCUUCCUGUUCCUUCUCAUUGCAUUUGUGCUCAGGAAGGUUAAAACAGAUCAUAGCUACCUUACUGUUAGAGCUGCAGAGGUGGCAUAGAAUCACAGAAUUCCUGGUCUGGGGUCUAUCAUUUUAAUUUCCUACAGUGGCCUGGCCUGCUUCUGCAUUGGGGUAAUAAUGUGCUGUUAGAAUGGAGUCCCUAAUGCUGAACAGAAUGUCAGAAAUGAGUUUAAGGUCGACAGUGGGUUCUGCCAGGACACUUAAGUCAUCAACAGCUGCCAGGGAUGCUGGAUGCAAAGGCUGCACUUCUGUAUAUAUUUUCAGUGAUGGAGCUAAGGUAUUUUUCCUUCCUCAAAAUGAGUAUUUGGUGCUUCAGCUCUUAAAACCUUUUUCCCCCCCUGGAGGAAGCUUUGUUAUAAACAUCUGAGAACUGUAAUAAAAACAAGGAGAAAUGCCUGAAUAUAGAGGCACAAUCCACACAGAAGCUCUGAUGAUGCCUUCAUGUCUGCUAAAAGAUGACAGUGUUUUUCUUUCCCCCCCUUUUUUUCAUCUUGUCUCCGGAGGCAGGCAAGCAAGCAUCAACAUAUCUCUUGACAUUUUCUUUCAGGAAACAGUUAAGCUGGGGAAAUAUGUUGGCAUUAAUCACUUUCAGAUCCUUGCAAGGUGUCAUAAAAAGCCCUACCCUGUAACUUCAUUCACAUGUGUAACCAUUUGUCUUGUCGUGCCAAAAGUCUAACCAUCAGUAACGGCAGAAAGGAAUGCCAAGUGUAUUCCAUUGUGUCCCUUAAAAAAAGAAAGGAAAGGAAAUUUUGUACUGUUUUGGAGGAGAAAUACGUAUGUUGUCCAAGCUACAUAAUUUGAUAGAAAUGUGGCUCAAUGAAGCUCCUUGAGAACCAGGACAGUAAUAAUUUGGCCUACGCAUAUACAUUCCCCUCACCUCCCUGAAUCCAAAAGGGUGUAUUCAGUUACACAAAUGAGCAUGUCUUCGGUCUGAGAGACAUGGCCAAGGUAUAAAGUAUUUCUGUAGCAGUAAUUUUCAAAAAACAAAAAACUAGGACCAGGAGUUCAUGAGGGAUUUUAAUAUAUAUACAUGGAAGUUCUUGUUAUAAUAAUAAAUAAAACAUAAUAAAAAAAUAAAGCAGUUCUAUCCUACCUUUUGGGACGCAGGUGGCGCUGUGGGUUAAACCACAGAGCCUAGGACUUGCCGAUCAGAAGGUCGGCGGUUCAAAUCCCCGUGACGGGGUGAGCUCCCGUUGCUCUGUCCCAGCUGCUGCCAACCUAGCAGUUCAAAAGCACAUCCAAGUGCAAGUAGAUAAAUAGGAACUGUUUCUUUAGAACUCUGCUGUACGUUCCAUUCUCUGACUUAGAGAUACGAGCUAUUUCCAGCUACACUGCAGUGUCCCUGAUGCCCGCUAUUGAUGCACACUAUUGAAAAUUUUGCCCAUCAAACUUUUCUUUAAGUCGUGCUUGAGGGAAAGCAUUCACAGGUGGUGUUGUGUUAUAUCAUCCAGAGAGAGCAGUGAUAAGGAUUGCAGAAACGCACUGUGACUGCUGCUGACUGCAUUGCUUCCAUCAGUACGUCCAAGUGAGUCUUCUGGCCAUGCAUCUGCUGCAACUAUUUUCACACUCUCUGAUGUCAUAAUGUUUUCAUGUUGCUAUGGCCGUGAGUCACCUUUUCUUAGCAUUGUGAUCUCACCAGAAUAAGUCCCCUACCCACAAACAGAUGGGCUAUAAUAGAAAUAGACAAUUUGUACCACUUGAUCACCGAGAAAAACAGCAAAGACUAAAAAAAAAAAUUAAUGUUUGAAAGUGAGGUAUGUCUCUCAGCAUCAGAAUUAAUUUAAAAUAACACUUGUGCUAACAUUCCAAAUUUCAGUAUAUUGGAGACUAUGACCUUUGAUACAUUCUUUGAUCUCCUUGUUAGGUUUGUAUAGAAGAAUCUAUCUAAAUAAAGUUGGAAAUAUGUCCUAUCUUGAGUUCUGAUAUUCGUUGUUGUUGUUGUUGUUGUUGCUGUUGCUGUUGUUGUUUAGUUGUUUUACUUACGGAAGUGACCCAGAGCAACGUACAGCACAGCAUAUACAGUAAAGCCAAUUACAAAAACCAUAAGAAAGCUAUUUUUUAAAAAACCCACACACAUCUUUACAAAUCAAAGACAGAACCUGCCCCACAAAAAUUUUGUAAAGCAGGAAUACGGUGGGACAAUGGAAAUGUAAGGGGGGAAAACCAGAUAUACUUCCCAAAAAUCUAGCUAGAAGAGUACAGUCUUGCUGGGGCAAUGUUUUCCUUGUGAAUCAAAAUGGCCCUAGUUUCCUCCCAAAAUAUAUUUUCUAAAUGGAUUCCCCAUCCCCCGCAUAAUGAAGUGUCAAUGUUCUUGUCUUCCAGCAUAUUCCAACAUUAUACACUAUAUGAAUUUCUUUUCUACACUCCCAGGGAAGAAAUUGUGUUGGGAGAUGAGGUAAGUAAUUUGUAUGACUGGAACUGAUUAAGUGGAAUGUUUUAAUGCAUGUUCGCUGGCAUCUGUUUUCUAUAGCUCAAAGCAACUUUGUGUCACAAUAGCUCAAGUGUUAACAGCAUAGAAUUGCAGAUGAAAGAAUAAAAGAGAAAUGCAGUAAUGCCUGUCUCCUCAGAAAUUUGAAAUUUAGAAGACUAAAUACGCCAUUGUUGGCUAGACUUCUUGCUGUCUUGUCAAUAAUAUCUUCAUUGACAUCAUUUAUAAGGGAGAUGUAUGGAAUUUUAGAUACAGCUUAUGGCUGAGGGCUGCUCUGUAGAGGUUUAAAGCUAAUGUGUAUGUGACUGUUUUCAUGGAUAAAUCAGCAUGUGGAAGGGGGUCAAUAAUAAUAGUGGUUAAUUUCUAAUUCCUCAUUAUUCCUGAUGUGCCACUCUUCCAGUCUUGUCUGUCCAUAUCCCUUUCAGUUACCCACAUCUUUUGUCUGUUCAUUUCAGCAGUUUGAUCGCUGCCUUAGUGUGGUUAGUCACAAGACUGACCACAAUCGAAAUGGGAAAGUAGAAUUUGCACAGCUUGCCUUUUCUGCCAGAGGUGCUCCCACUGCUGAGGAGGCAAUCCAUUUCUUAAGAGCAGCUAAUAUCUUUGGCAGUGGGAACUGAUAUGACAGAAAUUGCAAAGAGAGCUCCAACUGCAUACAUGGGUCUGUCGUGUUCACUUAUCACACCUUUGGACCGCACUUCUAUUUUUAGAUGAUAAAGCUGCAUAUACUUUAAAUAUGUGAAACACAUGAUUCCCCCUCCCCCACAGAGACUUUUAAAAUGAUCUCUUCCUAAAAAUUAUGGCUUGAACUAUUUUUUAGCCAAUGAGAAGGCAGCUUUAAAGGGAGCGGGCAAAUAAUAAAUGUCACUACUACCCUGCUGAGUGCUAACCAUCAUAAUUCAGUUUGUCUAACAAGAAAAAAAAAGCCAUUGCAAAAGAAAACUGUCAGACUAUGAAUGUCAAACUCUUGUGAGAAGGUAUAACUUGGCAUUUAGCUAGCAACAGGUAGCAUUUGUCCAGUAUCAGUCAAGUUUCUUUAAUGGUUUAGCAGGGAAUGCUUUAUAGAAAUAAUUUGCCAUUGAAAUAAAUCCAGUGGGGGUUUUUUUGCGGGCGGGGACCCGAAAUCCAAUCUGGACAGUGUCACUUAUUUGGCUAAUUUUACUAAAGAGCAGGUAGGGCUUUGAGGGGAACACCUGCCAUAUCAGGCAGAAAAUCCUCCAGAAACCUCAGGAAUCCAUCAGAUUCCAUUAACCUCUAUGGCAAACCAUUUCAGUAGCUUCAACACCCAUGGAUAAAGUCACUAAAAUACUGAUCCUCAGCUGGAAAUUAUCUGAGCUGUACAAGGGAAUAUAGCCCCCACUUCAAAUUGUCAACAUCCUGUACAGUUGAGAAAAGCACAUUCAAGAAUGUGGUCUGGUACAUGUACUCAGCUGAUGGCAUGUUAUGGUAGUGAUGAAGUCAUGAGCUCUCACCCCACCCCAUAAACAAGGUGGCCUAAGCAUGAAUUUUGUAGUCCCCAGAACCAGCAUUCUGGGGGUCUACAGCAUCAAAUCCAAGAUGACCUUCAUUAGAUCAGUCAGGACAGUGGGGUGGCAGAAUUCCCAGUUUCUGUCCCAAGUGCUCAACACAAGGCACAAAUACUCUGGAUUAGUACAGUUGUACCUCGGAGGUCGAACGUUUAAAUAACUUAAGUAAUUAUGUGACACAUGUAACUCACAUUCAUUUCCAUGCAAAUGAAACUUCUAAACAAUGUAAAGAAAGUCAUUAAUGACAUUUCAUUUACGGACUUAAAACAACAAUGGACACCAGUCAUAGUGAUUUGACUGAUUUCCAUUCUGGACCACAAACAAACACGCCAACUGUAGCAGUUUCCACUUCCUUUUCCAUUUUCACUGGAAUUCCCUGACACCCCUGUCUCCCAGUGCCUUACAAUCUUUUAAGCAGGUGUAAUUUAACAUCGCUACAGAUAUUUUUUGUCUCUGGACCAAAUUCUAGUUCUUGGAGAGGGGGGACUAACAUUUGACAAUCUCAUAAAUUGUCGGGGCAGGUUGACUGCAGGAACAAAAUGGUUCAUCUUCACAUUUUCUGGGACAUUUUAAGCAUGUAAAUACAGAAGACCUCUGGGGAUCCAAAGAGCCCAUGGACUGUAAAUGUAGGCCGUAGUCCUAAUCACACAGUGGGACUUACUUCUGAGUAAACAUGCAUAGGAUUGCACUGCACACUGAGAAUAACUGUUCCGCCUCUACCCCAGGAAAUGGUUGCUUCGAGCCUUGGCAUUCAUUUCUGUCUCAGGUACAGAAUUUGCUUAUUUAAUAUAACAUUGGCUUAGCCUACUUAUUCACAGAGCACAAAUGGAGGAAUGCUGAAUGCAGAAAUUCAGCAAAGCAAUUUCCAUUAACAUAUGUCAGAUCUCAUAACAAAUGUUUACAUUGCUAAGACAUUAAUUGCAUAGAAGCUUUUAUUAUUUUCUGUUGGGGGGGGGCUCAGCUAAUUUAUUUUACUUAGGGUGAUGUAUUACUGCGUGCCUGGGGCGGGGGGAGUUUUGGGAACAUUUACAAAUGCAGCCUUGAUGGUUACAUGUUCAUGCUGUUCUUGAAGGGAACAAGCCUUAAAAAAAAUUGGAAUGGUGUUUGCUUUGAAACAUUUCCUAAUAAAAAAUAAUGUGGUUGGUAAAUGUAGUUUUAUCCCUUCUUGCUUCAAUCAGUGUGAUGGAAUAAUCAACCUUUUACGGCCCAGCUGACUGGAUUUCUGAAGGAAUUUCAUACCUUGGACACAGUCCACAGAAACCUCUGUGCACAAGUUCCAAUGAUAUGAGUUUAUUUUCAAACUCUCAAGAGCAGAAAAAGUUUCCAGAGCAUUCUGCCCAGGGCUUAGAGAUGUCAUAGAGUCAGAUUGCAAGGGGUGUGUGUAAUUUUUUAUAUAUAAUAUUACAUGUGCUCUGUCAUUAAAUUUAUAGUCACCCGAUAUCAUACGCUGGAGUUACCUUCACAAAAUAGUAACUAUUUACAUUAACUUAUUUCUGUCCUGAGUAUAACCAUACUUGGACUCUCCCCAACCCUGAUUUUAUUUCAUUUGGAAUAUAUCACUUGUUCAUGUGAAAUUGUUACAGGAAAAGUUGUUCCCCCCGGUUCCCCAAAUUGGCUGAUUAGAAAGCCUUACUUAAAAGGAGUUAGUUUGAAAAAUUAGAAGCUGAAACUGGGUUGUUGUGGGUAUUAUCAGUGUGUUGCUCUCAACAAGUCUUCAUUUGGUACUUUUUUCUUGUGCAAGAACUCUUCAUUAAUUUUUUUUAAUCCCAAUGUAUGAACUGAGAUCUUCUGAACUGGGUUGUUGACUGAUGUGCCUAGCAUGCAGCUGGAAAUAUGCAUACUUAACAUUGUUCGGACGAACAGAAGCAAUAUGGCUAGGUUGUGUUUAGUUGGGAAGUAAAUGAAAAUUAGAGUGUGGUGAUAAGCACCUCCCAGGGAACACCUACGUAAUAAGCUACCUGCCCCCAAAAUAUUCUAACUGGUUUCCACACCAGCAAAGACUAUGGAAAUAUAAUGGUUCAUUUUUACUGAAAUGAUUAUAUGUGAUAAGAGUAAACCCUGAUUUAAUGUAAAAACAAAUACAUUUUGACGAUGAGAUCAUCUGCAGGGUGGGGGAAAAAAGCUUGUGUACAUGAGCUGUGCUAAUUCUACAGUAAAGCCACAUCUUGGGAUCACCCUAAUUUCACCCCCCCCCCAAAAAAACCACCUUCUGGUAUACACACAUUGUUCUGUAUUAAUAUUCACAACAGUUAUGAAAUAUUCACUUCAGCAUAUACAUUAUUUUUACAAACUAGAAAAUACAUUUUUUAUCUUUAUAUAUCAGAAAUCUCUGCAUUGUUCUCAUAACAAAGUCUCACUUCAAGCUAUAUUUACCUACAGCUGUGGGUGAUUCCAGAGUAAGCUAGCUGGUAUUGUGCUAUCCAAUUACGUGCAAGUCAACGGGCAUUUUCCCAUAUUAGCUGAAAAUUAUUGUACCAGCAAUGAGUUAUAUUUAAUGUGAAAAUAGAGGUCAUACCCACUGAAUAACUACAGCUGGGAAAUGAGUGUGUGUUACUAUUUAAAUUGCUACCAUAUGGCUAGCCCUGUAAUAUACAUCUGUAUAUUUAUGAAACUCUACCUAAGGAAUUAUUUAUAUUUCAAUAAAAAAGAUAAGAUAUAUACAAUGAGAACACAGACUAUUAAUAUGGGCUCGCUCUUUGAAAUGAAAGAAAUAUUCAGAGUUAAAUAUUUGUGGUUUGUUAAUCCGGGUACAUUUGGCAUAGGGUUUGGACUGACUGAAUAAUCAAAACAUAAGACAAUGGAAACAUUUAGCAAUGCCAAGAGAAGGAGUGGCAUGUAGAAACCCAUGAGUUUCAAACCUGCUUUGAGCAUGCUCUUAAAUCUCAGAGCAGAAACUCUCCUCCAUGUUUGUCUUCCUUCUAAUUAAAGAAAUGAAUUUUAUACAAAGGUCAGUGAGUUCAGAAUUUGAGCUGACUUUUCCUGUGUUUGUAGUUGACGCAGUCUGGGAGAGAAACAAGAGGCCAUGAUAUUGCCAGUGUCCUAGUUUUGAACUGCUCAUCCUGAAGCAGAAAGGAUGCUAAUAACACUGUGCUAUUUUGUCUCCACCUCUGCUCACCAAGGGCAAGAUGGUUUGAUCAUAUAAUGCCAAUCCUAGCCCGACUGCACUGGCUGUUUCUGGGCCCAAUUCAAAGUGCUGACUUUGACCUAUUAAGCCUUAAAUGGCUCAGGUCUGUAAUACCUCAAGGACUGCGUCUCCCCAUAUGAACUAACUCAGACCCUGUGAUCAACAUCUGAGGCCCUUCUUCAUGUGCCUCCUCCACAAGAAUUCUGGAAGGCGGCAACACGAGAAUGGGCCUUUUCUGUGGUGGCUCCCCAUUUGUGGAAUGCUCUCCCCAGGGAGGCUCGCCUGGUACCUUUGUUGCAUAUCUUUAGGUGCCAGGCAAAAACAUUCCUCUUCUCCCAGGACUUCAGCUAAUUAAACAAUGUAUGAUCUUCUAAAUUGAGAGGUAUUGUUUUUGUUUGUUGAAGGGUUGUGUAGAAAUUGAAUAAAUAAUAAUAAUAAGUUGUUAUUGAGAGAUGUGUCUGUCAAGGGAGAAUGGAACAUGUUGUAGUUAAUUCAAGUAGUUUUGGGGCACUAGAUGUGGGGAGACAUGCAAUCAGAUGGGCUGGAGGACCACCAAGGGCUCUCCUUGCUCCUGAUUUCUUUCCCAACUUGAAUGACGUGGCCUCCACAUCUGUCAGCUCCUCUGUCUUGGCCUUGCUGCUGGUGAACAAGAGGUUGACCAAAAAAGAAAGACUGUUUUCUUCCAUGACUUGAUUCUGAUGAAGCACACAGACUUGGCCUGCACUACCAAAAUUUGGCCAAUACGCAGGCCCGUACAGUCAUACCUCGUGUUGCGUUUGCUUCAUGAUACGUUUUUUCAGCUUGGGCCCGUGGCAACCUGGAAGUACCGGAAAGGGUUACUUCCGGGUUUUGCCACUCACGCAUGCGCAGACGAGCAAAAUGAUGUCGCGCACAUGCACAGACGCGGCAAAUCGCAACCCGCAGAUGCAGGUUACGUUCUGCUCAUGUUGCAAACGGGACUCCGGAACGGAUCCCGUUCGCAACCAGAGGUACCACUGUAUUGAUCAGCUGGUUUGUUACCCGAAAGCCAUCUUGCAUAAGUAAUUGGGCAGUUGACAUGGGAAAUUCUUCUGUAUUGAGUCCUUUGGCUUUCUUAGUACAUUUGGUACAGUGGACCAUGUUUGAGGAAAGCUGAGCUACGGAACUCCUUGCAAUACAGAGAACUCUGUGGCAAAGAAUUUAGCAAUUUUGAAAGGUGGAUUAAUUAGUAGAAAGGUGAUACAUGUAGUUGCCAGCUGUUUAUGCCUCCAUCUGCUGCCAUUUUGUGACGGGCACCACCGUUUUGUGACUGGUGGGCUUCUGUAAUUUACAGCUCUCUCAGGUGAACUCUGAGUAGAAAGGAACCCUAAGGUAGGUAGAAUGCUGCUGCUGUGCAUUUUUAAUUUAAAAUAAUGAAUUUGAUGGUGCAAGUAUUGCUUUUGCACUUGUACAUAUUCUUCAGGUCUCCUCCUUUAUACAAACGGGGGAAAUGCAGGUGAAGAGGUCACUUGUCCAUAGUUCUUCAAAUUCCUGUUUAACAUUUUCAUGCAGUUUUCCUCACUGCAUUAUUCAUGGUGUCCAUUUAUCAUUGUAAUUCUUCAGUGUUAUUCAUGCAGUUCCCUUAAUGGUCCUUCAUUUGUUCUAAUAGAAACCACUUGUUAGCUUUUGAAUUUCUACAGGAUUUUGGAUUCCUAUUUCAAGCGUUUACAUAGAGGAAAGACUAAAUUAACCCAUAAUGAUUGUUCUUCAAAGAGAAUAUUUAAUGGAAUUAUUCUUUCACCUGCCUCUGUUAUUGGAGAUCUGUAGGUGUGUGUACGUGCUCAUUUAAAUUUUGAGUACAGUCGAAAUUGGUUUAAAAAGUGAUAUUGCAUAAAGAUUAAGUUGCUCUUCAGAAAUUUCUUACCAGAGGGCACUAGAGUGCCCUCAUGUGGGAGUUUCAGAAACAUCUUUCUCAUUACUCUCUCUGGAAAUGCUUUUCUGUCAAAAUGCCUGUCAGAUACAUGCCUUGAAGAUAUUGUAUUUGUUUAGAAAUUUACUCUUUGGAAAAAGACAAAGCGUUCAUUCCAGAGCAAUGGGUCAGGAAUCUUACUUUGCUUAUAAUUCUGUUUCUUAAAACUCUUCUAUCUGGGUAUUAUAAUUACUUCUGAAUCAGAAAAUCAUCCUCCUUACAGAGAUGCUCAGGAUGAAUUAAUUGCACGGAGGGAACAAUCAAAGGCAUGCUUCAGUCUUAUAUCUGCUUUUCCUAGCUACUAUUUAAUACAACUCAUGGCACUAAAGUGGCAAAAAGGACAGGUUAAAUUUGACUUGGCAUUCCAAACGAAGAAUUUCUGUUGUUUGGGAAUAAUCCUCAUUGGGACAGGUAACUAAUAAAGGGAGUAACGAGUGCAUGAUUAAAAACAAUUUUUCAGUAAUAAAAUGGGCUUGGGAUUGUUUUGAUUUCAUUUAUUAGACUCGCAGAUCACUUUAAUAUAGACUCAAAGACAUUUACAGCCUAUAUACAGUGGUACCUCGGGUUACAUACGCUUCAGGUUACAGACUCCGCUAACCCAGAAAUAAUGCUUCAGGUUAAGAACUUUGCUUCAGGAUGAGAACAGAAAUCUUGCUCCGGCGGUGCGGCAGCAGCAGGAGGCCCCAAUAGCUAAAGUGGUGCUUCAGGUUAAGAACAGUUUCAGGUUAAGUACGGACCUCCAGAACGAAUUAAGUACUUAACCUGAGGUACCACUGUACUGAAAUGUUGAUGUUGUAGAGGUGGUUGAAAAUGGGUUAAUGCUGUGGUCGUAGAGAUUGUGAGGGAAAAGCCAACUAAAGUUGCUUGUGACACUGAAAACAAUAGGAUUCCAGUCAGUUAUGGUCCACAAGCUUCACUGACUAAUAAUAAUAAUAAUAAGCCAUUGGUAAAUUUUAUUAAUUUCAGCUUCAGGCAGUUUAUAUUAAGGAAGCUUAUAAGCACUAAGGGAAUAAUCAUGUUUGACAAAUGCAACUUGAAUUUAUUUAUUUUUUUGAAUAUUUUAAAUCUGAAGUGCAGUACAAUGGAAAAUAGUAUCAUUGCCUGGAGUGAUUUAUGUUGUCGUGUCCCCCCGCCCCCGCCUCGGCCCAACUUGCAAGAUACAAAGCAAAAUGCAAUGAAGGUAAUAAAUGUCAAGGGCAUUCAAUAGAAUUGUAGAGUUGGAAGGGUCAUCUGGUCCAACAACCUGCAAGGCAGGCAUUUGAAACUGGACAGUCUGGACAGUCCGAGUGGGCUGGGCUUGGGAGAGGAAUGAAGUGGAGCAGGCUUCACUCCAGUCCGUCCCUAUCCUAUAAAGGGCUGGCUGCGCCAAACCUUUGGACCACAGUUGGCCAAAGAACAAUCUGCCCUUCCCGCCUUUUUUAUGCUGUGGUUUUUGUAUACUAACCAUCCUUCCUAGUGCAUUGUGUUUCUUGGCCUUGCUGUAGCUUAACAAUGGCUGCCGUUUUCUGAGCUCUGUCCCAGCUUCUGCCAACCUAGCAGUUUGAAAGCAUACGAGUGCAAGUAGAUAAAUAGGUACUGGGAAAGAUUUCUGCCUGAAACCCUGGAAAGCUGCUUCCAGUCAGUGUUGACAAUACUGAGCUGGAUGGGCCAAUGUGUCUGACUUGGUAUAUACCAGUUUCGCGGGAAGGUAAACGGCAUUUUCGUGCGCUCUGGCUUCCGUCAAGGUGUUCCGUUGCGCCAGAAGCGGUUUAGUCCUGCUGGCCACAUGACCUGGAAAGCUGUCUGCGGACAAAUGCCGGCUCCCUCGGCCUGAAAAGCAAGAUGAGUGCCGCAACCCCAUAGUCACCUUUGACUGAACCUAACUGUCCAGGGGUCCUUUACCUUUUACCUUUUUUUACCUCAGAUGCAAUGUUACCUUUUUUCAUUGGGUUGUAUGUCAGUACACCAAGAGGCAUGAUUCAUGGAGAAUGCAAAUUCCGUCUAGGAAAUCUGCUCCUUUGUAAAAGCUGGAUAAAAGGGAGGAAGUAAUCGGUGAUUAAAUUUGAGAAGAGAGUAGAAUGUUUCAGUCUUAAGUAUUUACAUUGUUUCGCAGGGUAGAGUCCCUCACGAGGUCAAGAACAGAAGAUGGAGCUGAAAUGUUUUGGUUGCUAGCUUCUGUCUGAUAAAGGCAAGAGUGAUGCCUUGAAAAACAUUUCUAAAGGCGAAGUGUAGGGAUAAAAGUUAUUUAGUAGCCUGUUAAUGCCUGUGCUGCAUAUCGGCUCCUUUUCACAGAAAAGAGGAUGGGGCAUCAGCAAAUUCAGUUGUUCAAGUUUAACAAGAAGUUUAAUCUCUCGCAAAAAAAAUAAAAUGCUUUGUUAGGCUACAUUCAUUUGCUACAUUUUGAAUUCAGUAUGAAAAUUCCGUUCAGAGGGUAUGCUUUUAUGUUUUCCCGGUGAAUAUUCAUGAAGCGUACGUGUGAGUAUUUUGGAUUCUUCAAUAAAGGGAUUUCAUUUAGAGGAAAGGGCUUCUGAUCUUUAGAAACAAAAUAAACUUGAGAAGAUGUAAUAUUGGGAUGGCAGCUGGGUUUCUCAGUUAACAGUACAAUUAUACAUGUCUGAAAUUAGACUCUUCGAGUUCAACAGGACUUAUUCCCAGGUCAGUGGGUAUAGGAUUGCAGCAAAUAUUGUCACUGACUUGCAACUAUUUCCAAAAAUGACUGAUUCAACAAAACGAGUGGUAGAAUUAUGUUGCUUGGGGAAUUAUGUUGUUUGGGUAAUUGCUACAAGGGCACAGGAUUUGGGGUCAUCCAUAAAAUUAUAUUUUGCAUUGAUUGAUUGAUUGAUUAUUUCCCCCUUGCUUACUAUACUAAAAAUAUUUCUAAGCAGCGUACUGAAGCAACAAUAGACAACUUACAGUAUUACAAAAAUGCACAGUUACAUAUAAAAAUGUUACAUCAUUACAAAGUUACUAAUAUAUAUAAAUCAAUAUCAAUCCAUUUGCCUUCUGACACACCCUCCCUCUUGUCCUCUGGGUCCAAACUUUUAGCUCACCCACAAAAGUCUCGCAACGAGAAGAGUUCCUGUAAACAGCGGACAUCACUCUAGUCUCUCAAUCUAGAUUUGUUUUUUGUAGGCAGGCCCAAGGUGGAAGGUACUUCCUCAUACUUCCCACAGCUAUGUCCCAUUCAGCUGCAGUCUCCACUCUCGGUUCCAGGUAUAGCAGGUUUGUUGAGUUUCCCAUGGGCUCCACAGGAUGGGGAAAGGGCCACUGCUCAACCUGCUCCACUCGCAACUCUUUCUUCACACUCUGUCCUUUUCUCCUCCUCCAGAUGCUUAGAUGAGGGAGGCAUCAAGAUUAUGACAAAAUAUUGGGUAUUAGCUGAAACCAAGCAUAAGAUGACAAGGGGUUGGCGGUGCUGUUUAAAAGAGCUUCAGUGUGUGAUAACGUUUUAUGGAUGAUCUCAUUUCACUGUUAGGACCUCAUUUUGAAUUUCUCCUGUUUCGGUUGAUUUCAAGGGGGUGGCAGACAGAAGACAGCUUGCUAGCUAUGCUAAAUGACUACAGAUGCCAAGCAGGGUCAUUUUGUGAACAGUUCGACUCCCUUAAGCACUAAUCUGUGAGCUGUCUGCAAAAAUAGGAAACAAUAGAAUUGGUGAGUUUUAAAUAACUUCCUGGUAAGGGAUCUGUCCUGGAAAUUUUCGUUUUGAGUGUUUCCAAAGCCCCUUUUACAGUUUGGAUGUCUUGUACAGGGGAAGAUGUGAAAAAGAAGCUAAAAAUGGUUAUGUUCAUGUUGAGCGGAUUCCAACAUUGCCAGUUUUUUCUCCCCCACUCCGCUGUUCUGUUUUGCUCAGCAUCCGUCCUGAAGAAUUGUUCUGGAGAACAUGGAAGUUUGCUCACUAUUUUGUGACAUUUUCGUUUGUCCUAAUAACGAUGUUAUCCUACAGUGGCCUUUGGAUUUUUCCAAAGAGGAACCUAGGUAGCUGCAUUAUGGAGCUAGACCAUUGGUCCAUCUAACUCAAUAUUAUCUGCACUGACUUGUAGCUGCUCCCCCACGGUUUCAGUUAGGGGACAUUCCCAGCCUACGUACCUGGACCUGUGGGCGACUGAACCUUCUGUAUGCAGAGCAGAUAUUUUCCCCCUUUGCAACAGUCCAAAUGGAUCAAAGCAGUUUCCCGUGUCUCAUAAUUUUCGCUAAGGAACCGCAUUGUGUGAGACUCAGUAGCCCUCACAGUGUAGCUCUAGUGGUAUACAGUGGUACCUCAGGUUACCAACGCUUCAGGUUACAUAUGCUUCAGGUUACAGACUCCGCUAACCCAGAAAUAGUGCUUCAGGUUAAGAACUUUGCUUCAAGAUGAGAACAGAAAUCGUGCUCCGGUGGCAAGGCAGCAGCAGCAGGAGGCCCCAUUAGCUAAAGUGGUGCUUCAGGUUAAGAACAGUUGCAGGUUAAGAACGGACCUCCGGAACGAAUUAAGUACUUAACCCGAGGUACCACUGUAUCUGUAAAGGGGCAAGUCUCAGUCUGUAUUGCAGUCCUUGGUGAGCAAAAUAGAGACAAGAAACAGUAGUUGUGCUCAUUACUGUAACUAUGGUUAACUUUUUCACAAAGUUCCAGUUUAUUUUCACUUUGGCUUUAAGACUGUAUGAAGGAUGUGUGCUUGAUCCUGUAAUUUUUACAGUGCAAAAAGUAACAUGAGCCUCAAUACUAUGGGCCCUAACUUCCUUCAAGUUGAGGUCAGGCAGGCCCCCUCCCUGUUGAAUGUCUGGCACUUACUGAAGACUUGUUUUUAUUCCAGUAGGCAAUUUUUAAUUGAAUUCUGAUUUUGAGUUUUAACUCGUUUUAGCCUUAUUGUUUUGGGUCUUCUGUACACCACGUAGAGAUGACUGCGAUCAAGUACACAAACUCAUGAAAUAAAAUUAUUAACCGUGGAAUGAAAACUAGCAGUCAUAUGGUACAAUAGUUCUCUACACUUUGGUACAAUAUAUUUCAAAUAAGCUGGCAGUAAAACUUUAGGUUGUCAGGAAAGGGGACAUUUCAAAAUAUUACAUACAAUACUUUGCCAGUACUUCUUUGCUUCUGGGCACAUCCACCAACAGUGAAUGACGUUUGCCUUCCGCAUUCCCCAUUUCCAUCCUCUUAUCGUCAAUCAAAUCUUAAUCGCAUCCAUGAUUUUGCAGAAUUCUCACAAUGAUUCAGAACAAACUGCAUAAUUGUUCAGAUUUGCCCAGCUAGAAUUCCAAACUUCUUGUGGCAGCUUUCCCCUCUACCUCCAACAUUUCUUCCCAUUCACAAACAUCUUCAGCUUGUCUAUUUUGCCUCUUAUCACAUAGCAUUUGAUAGAUCUUAAGGCGGCAUAGUUCUUGGUUUUCUCCUAUGUUUAAGUAGCAAAAAGAGAGUAAAACUAUUCCUCAUACAGCAAGGUUUGCUUUCCAUCACCAGCACCCUUUCAUGGAAGCAGGAUAAGAUGAUGUAGCUAGCACUGAAACACUAAGAACAAGGAUAAAAUCACAGCAAGUCUCUUCGGAGCAUUCUGCAUUCUUAUUUCUUCUAAGUUAUUUCAACAUCACUUAUCCUUAUUUAGAGAGAAUUAAAAUUAGCCCAAAGCUACACUUAUCCAUUAUUAUUUCUUCCACAAAAAAGGAUUCAUAAUUUAUAAUAAAUUAGCACAAUUGCUGUUGGUACACAUCAACUCUUAUUUUUUCCCUGUUCUCACAGCUGAGCAUCUCACUGGGCUGUCACAUUUUCCAUAAAAGCAGCCUUUAUGCAGUAGAUCUGCUUCUGAUUAAAUCUGACAUUUUGUUGGUGCACUAGUUGAGGUCAUACUGCAUGUAUAACAAUUGCAAUUACACCAGAGUCCCUUUAGCUGAACUUCUUACAAAGUAGUAAAUGUCUUUUUCCAAGUACAACAAAGAAUUGGAUAUGGAAACCCACUCUCAUACUAAAAAAAAAUCAGUUACAGUGAUUCAUUUUUUUUUUGUAAAUCAAAAUAAAUGUCUUAUUUAAAAGAUAUCGGGUUGGUGGGGCUUACUGCAUGCGUGAAUCAUAGAGUUCUCAUAGACAUUCAUGAGAAAACAUUCAUUAUGUUCAAUUUUUUCAGCAGCCACAACAUUUCUUUUAAAUGAUAUGUCUACAAUUUACUUUGAAGAUGGACAGGGAAAACUUCAAUUAAAAGCUUAACACAGAUUGCAGAGAUAACUUGCUACAUGGUCUAGAUCAGGGUUUCCCAAACUUAGGUCUCCAACUGGUUUUGGACUACAAUUCCCAUCAUGCUGACCACUAGUCCUGCAAGCUAGGGAGAAUGGGAGUUAUAGUCUGAAAGCAGCUGGAGACCUAAGUUUGGGAAACUCUGGUCUAGAUUCUUCUUCAGUGCAGACGUCGUAUCUGGGUCAUUCCAUGCCAAAUCACCUGAUUUUAAUACUCCACCGUGCUCUCACGUCUCAGAUUUUGUUCAAUUUUUUUGUGUUUGUACAUACCUAUGAGAUAACCUCAAAUUAAUUUUUAAAGAUUUUUUUGGUCUCAGGAGAAUUUUUUUUUAAUUCCGAUUUUCACGCGAUUUAGGCUAAUCCAAUUUCUGCGUCAAGUUUAGGAAAAACCUCCUGUUCUGCAUAUUUUUCAACCAAUUGGGCUUAUUUGGGUCUCAAAAUAAAGCUAGUUUUGGUCUCUUUCAAAAUAAGGUAUUAAAAUGGCAUUAAGUGCCGCAGAAAAGGGUCGCCGACCAUUCAAAGUGAAUUUUAGUCAUUUUCUACCUUGGUAGGUUCGAUACGCCAUAGCACGCAAACCACAACUAACACAUGUAUCUUACUUUUUUUUUUUGUAGAAUGGGCUAACCAUGAACUGGUGGUGUUUUAAAAAUAAUUUUAUUAAAAAUUAUUUAAUAAAAACAAAAUACGUUUUGGAACCUUUGUUCCUUUUAUUGUGUAAAACACUUCUCCUAGACAGCUGUGUAGAGGAAAGGGAUACUAAAGUUCAGUUCAUGUAUCCUCCUGGUCCUUCACCAAUAUAUUUUGGGCCAACUAAGAAUGACUCCUGGGUGCCCUGUGAAAAUAUAAUCAGAGAUGUUCCAGUUCCUUCAUCAUCAACUGUAAGCAAAUUAUGCUUCAAGUUGUGUUGAAGUGUCGACACUGGAGCCAGGAACACCCAACUCAGGAUUAAAGCAGUGGAGGAAGACACCCCAACCCAACAGAAACUGUUCAUGCCUGAUGAUUAAAAGGCACAUCUACUGAGAGACCCGUCCUACUUUAUCAGCUGAGCUAUGUGAAGUAACUCCAUCCCUGUAGGCUGUCCACAGUCCAUAGCUGUUAUGGAGGAAACCUCUUGGGUGAUGGGUUCAUCAGAUCUGACUUUUAGGACUCUGCACCUAGGGCCUUGUGGGUCAGAUUUGAGCUCUGAGGCAUGUAUGCUGUUCCCUGACUACACCAAACAUCGAUUCCUAGGCAGGCCCAUUCUUACUCGCAAGACAGAAUUCCUACAUCCAAGUUUGCACAUAAACUUCUUGAAAGUAGAGUAGGAGGUCUAUAAGGAAAACUUAAUGUGACGAGAAGAAAAUAAAGACAAUCUAGCAUGUCACUCUUAUAGUUGUUCGGGUUAUUUAGUCUUCUGUUUGAUAACGUCUGAGUGAAGCCUGACAGCUUUGGUAGAAGGAAAAAGCGUUACACUUUUGUUCAUGAAAUUUAAGGUUAAAAUGCCCAUGUUUCAACUCAGGGAACAUUCCCAAUGACCAUCCUGGUCUCCAAUAACUUGGGGACAAAGUGUUCCCCAUUCACGGUUUGCUGUGCGUUGUGUUCUGAUGUGCUGAAAUUGAAAUAAAUGCAAGCUUAUGAAAUCUGGUUAAUACCCUUUAUAUUGAAGACUUGGCUCACACUUGCUUAAAGCCAUCCUUUUAAAGUCCGUGUCAUACGUAAAGUUGUUGUUGUUUUCCUAGAACACAUAUUUCAGUCAAGAUGCUUGAGUUAUUCCUCAAUAGAUAUUCCCCAAUUAUUAGUAUUUUAAAAUUCCACUCAGCUUUUCUCCUAAAUGCAAUUGAUCACUAGAUGGAGACAAAACAAUUUACCUUUACACAUUAGAAGAUUUACAGAUGGUAAUCAAAUCCACCAGCUGCUGCCCACUUUUUUUCUGGGCAGUUUGCCAGCUUUACUGGCAGCAUGUUGACUUGGAAGCUGAUAGUGUGACUAAGUUUGAUUGAGAUCUUAUGUGAUGAUUUUUAUUAUAAAUUUUGGUUGUAAUGUUACUGGGUUAGGUGGGGGUUUUUUUUGGUUUUUAAAAAAUCAUAAAGUAGAUCCAAUAUACGUAUAAUGACCAAAGGGUGCUGCUGCUUUCCUGCAGGAAAUGUCUAAUUUUAAGAUACCAGAUUAUACAUGGAAUGUCAUCAAUUGUUGGAGUCUGCUCUGACUUGCCCUGUUCUUAUCAAGCUGGAAUAUUGAGGAAAAAAUCAGUGGGAGAGGAAGGGUUGGGAGAGUCAAUGGAAAAAGAUUCUUAAAAUCAGCAGCUCUGAGUAAAUUAGAAUAUUGGUGGCUGAGUGGCUGUUCAUUUUAAACAUACAUGCAUUCAAGUGAUGUGAUGUUCCAGGAGUUAAGGGACAGGAUAAGGCGUUACUUUGGUGUCUAUAACUCAUUUCCAUGAGGAAGGAACUCAUUUAUCAUCUUUAAAUACAAAGCAGAGCAGGGGUUCUACUGGACAUGAUCUCAGGCAUAAGGAGCUCUGCAUCCAGUUUGGUUUACAACAUACCGUACUUUUCCGUCUAUAAGAUGGAAUAUAAGAUGCCCUCCUAUUUGGGGGGGCUCAAAUUUAAGAAAAUGAGCCAUUGGGGGGGGGGGGUGGAAUGCCGAACCAAAUAUCACUCACCCAACUGGCAAACGCUAACAAUCGCAAGCAACACAAGCCAAAUUGCGGAAGCGGCAGCCAAUCCAAAGCAGCCCUUGAUGCAUCCUCUAAUAACCCACCCAUUUGACAAAGCAGCCCUUGCAGCAGACACCAUUCACCUACCCAAACGCUAGAUCCUGCUUGCAGAUGCAACCAAUCACUCGUCCCCACUCUGCACUACCUAUGCAUAAGAUGACCCCCAUUUUUUACUUUAUUUUGGAGUAAAAAACCCUCAUCUAAUACACGGAAAAGUAUGAUAAUUUAUUGGCGGAGUAUACCUAUAGGUGUAAAUAACACAGAAGAUAAUAUUUGCAUAAUCAGAUGGGCAAGUUUUUUUUCUUUAAGGAAAGCUUUCUGUCAGUUGAAGCAUUUUUGUUGCUCAUUUAGUUCUGCAUGAACCACGUAUAAGAGUGGGACCCAUAAAUUUUGCUCCUGUUAGGGAGACACAGAGUGAAGCUCCCGUUUUAUUGUUUGUAUCGUGAUGAUGUGACAUGUACUGGGGUUGCAUCCAAUAAAUCAGGCCAAUGUAAAGUGGAAAUCGCAUAGCAGAGCACUUGCCAAGCUGAUGUUUUUGCAUGUUCUCUUGCUCUGUUCUUCUACCACCUUUGCUGUCCCUUCCUUGCUGGCUCUUUCUUCCAUAUUCAGUGUUGCCCCUGCUUACAGGUUCACAAUUGCUGAUUUAUGGUUGGGCAAUUCCCGAUGUCCUUGGAGAGCAAUGCUUGCCCAGAUUCAUUUCAGUGCAAUUUCAGAUCUGUGUUUGACACCCAAACCAUUUUAAUUUAUUUUGUCUGUCUCACAAUUUUUAAAUGCACAAUCCCUUAGAUACAAGUCCCAUUGAAAUGUUGGAUUAUUUCAGUGUGAAAAUGAUUAGGGUUAGACCCUGUGCUAACUACUUCUUCAUCUCACCAUGUCUCCUUUUCUUCACACUUGUGGCCUUGAUGGGUUGGCAUACCUGAGCAGUGUAGCUGUAGCUGUAACUAGCCUCAUGCAACUUCCGGUUGUCUCACCAAGAGAACACAGUAACUAUUUUUGUUGGGCUAGCACACAGCACUCUAUUCAUGAUCUUUAUCCAGUUCAUAUAGUCCUCAAUAGUAGGACUGGUUUCCUGAAUUACAUAUUUUUUUGAAGGACAAGUGAGACCGGCAACAAAAUGUUAAAUGUGUGGAACAUCCCUGUUUAGGAUCCAACCAACCAGCCAUUCCGUUUUCCUUGGGUAUCCAAUUCCCAUCCCAUUCACCUGCUUUUUUGUCUCCCUGCCCUCCUGGUCAGAUUUGGCUACUGAGCAUGCUUAGUCCUCACUGGAUUAUGUUUGAAGUUUUUUCUUCCUUAGGAUUUUCCCCCAGAGCUGUGUUUUUUUCUGGUCCUUCUGAAAAAUCUAGGGUGCUGUCAAGCCUCCCUCUUCAGCCUGGAUGGUACCAUUUUGGCUACAUAAGAAUCAGCAAGCACUUGAAGAAUAACCUCUCUUUCUUUCAUUCAGACAUCCAUAUGAAUGUAAAAUCUCUUUUAAAAAAUUAAAAUCAAAACUCCUGCCUUAAUAUCAUCCAUGGUGUUGGUCAACAUAAAUCUUAAAUCCUUAUCCUAUUUGCUAUGGAGGUGAAACUUGAAACAUUGAGACUCCUAACAAGCCUGCAGAGAUUAGUCCAAAUUAUGUGGAACAUUUGGCUCCAAACAGAAUGUCAAAAAGAAAAAUCUUUCAGCUGAUGUUCCCUCCGGAAGAAUGGAAAAAGAGUCACAAAGCAGAGAAGGUUGAACACAAGCAUUCAAACGCUCUGUUUCCUCACCCAUUCCCAAUUGCAUCUGAAGCUUCAUACUGUUUUUCUGCAGCACAGAACCUUUUCUCAUGAAUCUCAGCUUGAGGUUAAACCCUUCAUGAUUAUGGGGAUCUUGUUUAAACAAAUGUCAUCUCUCACGCUUUUAAGAAAUGGAAAUUAAAUUACAGAUGGCGAGGGAUAAGGAGUAAAAUGGCUGUGUUAUGUAACAAUUCACUUCAGGGGGAAACUAUUUGGUUGAAGAUGGUUAUUGUUUCUUCCCACUCUUAGUUAAACACAUUUUAAACACCCUGAUUUAAUAACAUGAUUUGCUGGCAGUUUUCAAAGCAAGUCACAGUAGAAACUAUUUCAAGCCCAACAACGCUUGGAAAUAACACUUUCCGAUGUUGUCUAAGGCCUAAUAAAAACAACACUUCUGGCUUCUGAAUAUAUCACAGUUCCCAUUUUCCCAGUUUUGCAGCUUCUAUGGCUUGCCUGGUCUGGGGAGUUAGUUUGAUAAGUUUUCUGUUGUCCUGCCUUGUUUAGCACCCAUUUAACUGAAUUUCAUCCAACUCACAUGUUGUUCUUGUUUGAUCUAAAAUUGUUUAUAAUAGAACACACAGCUGGUUUGAUUCAUGUGUUACACUGGAGGCCACUAGUUCCUUGAGAAAAGUGGUUCAUUUUAGAUCUUCAACUGUGAUACGGCGCUAAGGCUUUCAAACAUUUUGUUAGCGAGCUGGCUGUUUUUUAGAAAGAACCCCCACCUGGCCCCAGAUGAGCUUAUAUUUCCCUUACUGUGUUUUUACAAACACAAGUAACGCAUAAUUGGUAUAACAAUGCAAUGUGGAUUUAUGCCGUAUUGCAGUAAUUUUACCCUGGAGUUUAUGGUUGCCAGAUUCCCCCAGUGCUUCACAUUCAUUGAUGAAUCGGGGUUGAGGCCAUUGUGGUUUCUCCUACCUGCCUUCCCCUUACCUGCUGUAAUGAACAGGAUUGCACAUAACUUCUGACCAAGAAUCUUGGGAACUGUAGUUUUCCCUACAGUUCCCAACACCCUUAACAGAUUACAGUUCGCAGGAUUAUUUAGUGGAAGUAAUGUGCUCUAAAUGGACGGUGUGUAUGUAGCUUCUAUCUUCCAAUGUUGUGUCCCUUGGCUAUUCCUGCUCUUGGUUUGAGGCACAUUAAAAUCUUCUAAAAUAUGGGUGAAUAAAUGGAGAAUCCUGCCUGAAUGCACAGCUUAGUGUAUAUUUAAUUUACCUUUACUGUAUUGAUUUUUAUUCUUUGGUAGUGGGGGCUCCCUUGACCUUUAAACCACACCACAGAAAAUGUACAGUUUUUCAGCCUAGGCCUAGCCAUGUGUAUUCAGAAGUAAGUCCCAUUUAUUUCAUUAUCUUAAUUCAUUGGACCACAGAGAUGUUCAGAGCCCUGUCAGCCUUAUGAUCCUAUGAUUAUGUUUUUUGAAAAACUAGAGCAAGCGUCGUAUCAGUCAACAGCUUGUCCUCUGUAUUUUCCUUCAAGUGACUAAUGAGCAAAAUCCCAUGUUAUAUAUAAAGGGGAUAAGAGACACAGCGGGAAUAAACAUAUCAAUCAUGGGCAGCUUGUUCAGUCCUAAAAGCUACAGUGAGAAAUCAGUCGAAAGAGAGGAGGACCUUGGUUAACUUUCAUAUUUUCUUUUCUUUUCUUUUUUUCCUUGCAUGGGCUAGAUCAUCAAAGUAGAUUCUAAGCUGCUGUUAAAAGGCAUGUGACAAUUACAGGUGUCCCAGAGAGGAAUUGCCUGUUUGUAAGAAACAUGAAAAACUUGCUACCUAUGUCCAAGUAUUAUACAUUGCAGGAGGGGAGAAUUGAACCUGGCACAGGGCUGUAUAGUUUUGCUAUACAGUGGUACCUCAGGUUAAGUACUUAAUACAUUCCGGAGGUCCGUACUUAACCUGAAACUGUUCUUAACCUGAAGCACCACCUUAGCUAAUGGGGCCUCCUGCUGCUGCCGCACCGCCGGAGCACGAUUUCUGUUCUCAUCCUGAAGCAAAGUUCUUAACCCGAGGUAAUAUUUCUGGGUUAGCAGAGUCUGUAACCUGAAGCGUAUGUAACCCGAGGUACCACUGUAGUUUGAAUUGUUAACCACCAAUUUGGGCAGGGAAGGAGCAACUCAGUGCCUCAACAGUCCUGAAAUGAAUACAGUGAUACCUCUGGUUACGUACUUAAUUCAUUCUGGAGGUCCGUUCUUAACCUGAAACUGUUCUUAACCUGAAGCACCACUUUAGCUAAUGGGGCCUCCUGCUGCUGCCGCACCGCUGGAGCACGAUUUCUGUUCUCAUCCUGAAGCAAAGUUCUUAACCCGAGGUAAUAUUUCUGGGUUAGCAGAGUCUGUAACCUGAAGCGUAUGUAACCCGAGGUACCACUGUAGUUUGAAUUGUUAACCACCAAUUUGGGCAGGGAAGGAGCAACUCAGUGCCUCAACAGUCCUGAAAUGAAUACAGUGAUACCUCUGGUUACGUACUUAAUUCAUUCUGGAGGUCCGUUCUUAACCUGAAACUGUUCUUAACCUGAAGCACCACUUUAGCUAAUGGGGCCUCCCGCUGCUGCCACGCCGCCAGAGCACGAUUUCUGUUCUCAUCCUGAAGCAAAGUUCUUAAUCUGAGGUAAUAUUUCUGGGUUAGCAGAGUCUGUAACCUGAAGCAUAUGUAACCCGAGGUACCACUGUAGUUUGAAUUGUUAACCACCAAUUUGGGCAGGGAAGGAGCAACUCAGUGCCUCAACAGUCCUGAAAUGAAUACAGUGAUACCUCUGGUUACGUACUUAAUUCGUUCUGGAGGUCCGUUCUUAACCUGAAACUGUUCUUAACCUGAAGCACCACUUUAGCUAAUGGGGCCUCCCGCUGCUGCCACGCCGCCGGAGCACGAUUUCUGUUCUCAUCCUGAAGCAAAGUUCUUAAUCCGAGGUAAUAUUUCUGGGUUAGCAGAGUCUGUAACCUGAAGCGUAUGUAACCCGAGGUACCACUGUAUAGAUAUUCCAAGCCUCCAUCACACAUUGUUGAUGUACUUUAGUUGUGCAACCCUGGGGACCAAAAAUAAGUAUAAAUUUGGAACAUGGCUUUUUUAAAAAGACCCACCUAGCUCACAACAAUGUUGUUGAAGAGGAAAGAAAGGGCAACUACAUACAACUUAUGUUCUCCUAAGUUUGGAAUAACGUUCUUCAACCUUGGCUCCCCAGAUGUUGUUGGACUCCUGGCAACAUUCCCAGGCAGAUUUGUUUAGCCAUUGAUCAGGGAUUCCAGCAGACACUUGGGGCCCAGAGUUGAGGAACACUGAUUCAUGUGAUAAGAAGUUUCUUUAAAGCUUUCCCCCUCACCUAAUCACUGUAGAUGCCACUGUAGAACCUGGGACCUGCAGAGAGCAUGUCGUACCUCUGAGCUAUGGCCCCAUCCCAGAUAGAACCAUGAGUGUGCGGGCUGCAGUGGAUGCUGUGUGGAUACUUCUGGAGCACCUCCACCUGAGUGUUUGUUUGAAUGAGGAGAAGGCGUUGGAAUGCAGUGGCAGGAAGGAGGUCACAUGGGAUGGGGGAUAUUAGGGCAAAUAAUCCCUGUCCUGCUCAUGCCAUUGACUUGGCUUCUCCACAGCUUGAGGCACAAGGUGUGGGGAUUUAGACCAUUUAGAAGGGUGCUGUUUCACUUUAAACAUUCCAAAGCAGGGAAAGUGCAUGCUAAUAACCUAAUUCUAAUGAUGCAGGCAUGAAAACUAACAGUCGCUCAAACAAUCUCUAGUCAAUUUUCUGAUAAAGUGAAUUUAGUGUUUCCUCCAUUUUAUGAUUAAAGUGAGCUAUGGUACGAGUUUAUUUUUAAGUAGGUGUUAAUUAAAAAUAUGGAAAUAGGUUGGAACACAUUGCUUUUCACAGGCAAGGAAUAAUCACAACCAAUUUGUUCACACAAUCGUGCCUGUUUGGGAAUGUUUUUGAAAACGGCUUGAGUUUCCGCUUGGUUCUCUGUGUGCUUGUUUCCGCAGCGGAAUAUGAUUCCAAUAAAAUCAGUAAUUGAAUUUGCAGUCCAAAGAAUAAAUGGUUAUUUUAACAGAAAGUUGCACGCUUUGUGGAAAAGACUUAAGCUCUUUGUAUAUUGUAUCUAAUGGCAGAGGACACAACAUUACUGCCUUUACGUCUCCUUACAACCCACACAUUUAACUAAAUGCAUAGUAUUUAUAAAAGAAACUAGUACGGUUUUUGUAUCUUUGAACAACUUUGUGUCCUGCUGUUUCUGGAUUAAGACAAGUUUAUUUUUAAAUGCCAGUUACUUUGAACUAAAAAAAAAAAGUGGUUCAUACAUAAGCUGGAAAUGAGUUGGGUUUUGGCAGCUUUAGUAUAUGCCUGCAAGGACUCAAAAGAACUUUGAUACACAUUCUUCAAUGGCCUCCACACUGUUAGCUGUUGUGCAGUAUUUUGUCUCUAAUGCAUUCACUCUGUGACAGCUCUUCCACAAAGAGAUAUGAGGUAACUGGAAAUGACUUUUGAAACACGGGGUGAUGGAGAAAGAUGUGUUUUAUAGAGUAUUGUAGGGCAACACUAAGUAUUUUUUCACACUGUUAGUCAUUUAGGCUACCUCGGCGCUGUACAUUUAAAGCAGUAUGAUACCAAUUAAACAGCCAUAGCUCCCUGCCCACCCCCCUUGCAAAAUAUCCUUGGUUAUAGGUGCCAAGAGUUUUUAGGAGAUCCUUAUUCUCAUCACAGAGCUACAAUUCCCAGAGUUCCCUGGGAAGGGGCAGGAGGCCCUAUUUUCAGAAAGUUGGUUUGCCGUUCUGUUCUCCCUCAACAAAAAUCUACAACUUGUCAGUCUGUCCCCCUCCUACCAACAUCCCAUCUAGUAUUGUGGAGGGGGCUGGUUUAUCUGGAUAGGGGUCCAGUCUGUUUUCUGCUCCUUGGGGAGUGCUUUGUUAUACUUGACAGCCAGUCAUUGGGCACUCUAAUGAAGUCCUCGCUUCUCUGUGUUUACUUGCCACGCUUAGUCAUGCUGGCCACAUGACUCGAAAGCUGUACGCCGGCUCCCUCAGCCAAUAAAGCGAGAUGAGCGCCACAACCCCAGAGUCGGCCACGACUGGACCUAAUGGUCAGGGGUCCCUUUACCUUUUUUUAUUGUGUUUUUAAAAAAGGAAAAAAUACUUGUGGCCUCCAUCUUUUUAUGGCUACAUGUGCCUGGUCAGAGAUUUUGCUUUAUUCCACAUCAGCUGCCAGUGCUGAGAUUAGCACAUAUGCCUCUUGCAGAGAUCCCUGCAUGCUCACCUGUAGAGCAUACGGCUGAUGUAGAACAUACGGCUGAUUGGGAGGCCCUAGAAGGUAGAAUAUUCUUCAGGGGAAAGUGAGAUGAAAAAUGCUAGCAUAAGGCAGCCAUGGUGUUGAUCUACAUGGGAUAAGGGUUGUGAAAUUUGAUAAGUCAGGAGGGAACUGAUAACUGACGUAUCUCAGUUAUUUGAACCUUAUUUUAUGUUGCGUCAUGCAUUUUUUAAAAACUGAGGUGUCAAUAUGUAGAUGGGAAUUGGUUGUUUUCUGCCAAUAGUACUCUGACUGGUUGACUAAGUAGACAAAUCAGCAGCAUUCAUUGGUGUAACAAGAAAAUUAUCUAUGUUGACCUGCGGGAGAGUGUUUCAAAACUGUUUAAUAGCUUGAAUCUAACAGGAAAUAUUUGUGUGUUUUCUGUCAGCAAUUUGUGGAUUAAAUGUAGAGGAGCUGAAACCAUAAAGCAUUGUGCUGCUGCUAAACAUCACUUAAAAAUUCCAUGUUGAUAUUCAUUAGUAUAGAUUACUGCGUUUCAGAUGAAUCUCAUGUCCUUGAGGCCAAGUUGCUGCUAAAGUGAUGCACAGCUUCCUAGAUUGUCAGUAUAAUUCUGCCAUUAAAAUGUUUUGCUGUCCAAUAUAUGCUUCAUACUUGUAAAGUAGCUUUAUGCAGAUAUUUUAAUAUUUAUUAGAAGGACAGGGAAAGCCAGGGUGCACUGUAUAUAAAACACCAUCCCAGGAGGAAUAACAGAUGGCCCAUAGGCCCCACAGCUGGAUGAAGGGGAUGGUGUCUUCCAGAUGUGUCCAUCAGGUUCCCAGGCAACCCCACCACAUGUGAAGCAGUGUCCCUUCUGCCUGUUUACACCUCCAGCAAGUGUUAGAUCUCGUUUUAUACAUUUUGGAUAGUUUGGUCCCGUGCCUCAUUCUCUGUUUUUAAAUGAACCCUAAAGACCUGGAUACUUUAUUCUGUUUUUAAUUGAAUAAUGCUGCCCAUCUACAUUUUAUGAACUGUAGUUUUAACUUUGGCUGAUAUUUUUUUAAUAUUGAAAUAAGAAGGUUUUGGCCUGUUCUUUUAAUUAAUAGUGUUUGAUGUUUUUAUUGUUUUGUGGCUUUUACUUGCAAACUGCCUUAUUAAAAGUAUUUUUGUACUGCUUUUGCUUUGAAAGGCCCUAUAAAAAUGUUUUUUUAAUCAAUACAAAACAUGGCUCAGUCAUAUUUUUUGUGGCCUCACAAGCUAUCACCUAAGUCCUGGAGAUCUCAUUUUCCCUUUUAACAAGUUUCUAGCUUUCACUGUUUUGAAAGCAGCUUCAAAACAUGAUGGCGAUGUGUUUGGAAGGCUCAAGUUAUGCAAUUAUUUGGACCUCAGCCAAGGAGUACCAUCUGGAGUCAAUCGAUAGGAGGCAAAAUUUGGACAUGAAUCUAAGAUACAGUUCAAUUCAGGGAAUAACAUGGUUUCUGUCUACAGAACAAGAGCAGAUUUUAAUAUUACACAAACAACUCCUUUGUAACCUAUUAGUCAUAGCACUUUACUCUUCAGUUAAACAAGCACAGGCACAUCUAAUGUGUGCUCUUUUUAUUCCCCAAACCUGAAAUGCACAGCUAAAGAUGAGAGUAUUGAGUGAGCUUUAGGCUUCCUUAACUUAGCUAAGUGAUUCAGUUUACAAGCUUGCCUGUGUCAGUUCUGAGAAAUGAGACAUGUUUGGCUAUGCCUAUGGUAUGUUUGUGUCCCAUACGUGGUAGAUAAUUUUGUGGACAUGGCAAGCAAAAAAAGAGAGGAGAAAUAGAAAUUCAGUGUGAUUCCGGUUUGGCCCAAACUCUAAGACAAGGAUAUAACUCCUAAAAUGUGAUUAAAUAUUUGGAGAGGUAUGGCUAGAUUUUAUCACCACGGUUCUAAUGUCAUCCCUGCUGUUUGAGCAUUUCAUUAAUAACGUGUUCACAAUAUGGAUGUAAACAUGGGUGGGGGGAUUGAGGAGAGAGGAAUGAGGGGAGCUUGUGCUGCAAAUAUCCACUCUUUUUAAUGAAAAAUUAAGCAGUAUUAGAUGAUAGAUUCUGAUUUUCUGGAGGCAUAUUAGUAAAACAUUCUGCCCUUGCUCUCACUCCUCAUUUCCAGUUAUUGCUCAAGUAGAAUAGGUAGCUUUUUCUUCUUCUGCAAAGAAAAAUGCUGCUGGAGUCUCCUGCGGUUGGAGUUAACUGUCACAAAUAAAUAGCUGACUUUCAUCUCUGUAAUAUUACAUGAGCAGGCAUUCUGUGCCGUGGCUAAUGCUAUGGAGCCAUUUGUAUAAUAUUAAAUGUUUUUCCACCAAUCAGCUCUCCAUUUAUACAGCAGUAACUGUACCUUAUGUAUAGAUAAACGGUGCAGUAAUUUUCAUAUUAAGAGAACUUAAGUAGCAAAGCAUCUGGGGGGACGUGGAGUUUUAUACUGGUAGAUUGCACAAUGUUAAUUUUGUAAUAACUACCACAUCUGCGCAACUCAUUCCUUAGGCCUUCUUAGCAACCCCUUUCCAUUCGUUCUCCAGAAUAUUUGUUAUUAUUUAUGCCGUUUUAAUGUUGCCGUCUUGCACACUUUUGUUUAAAAAAAAAAAAAAAGCAAAGCUGCUGGACGUCAACCACAAACAGCAUAUGGCAAACACAUGGUGGGAAGUGGAUCUGUUGUACCACUUCCUAUCCCCCCCCCCAAUGAAAAUUGAAAGCAUAUUUGGAGGCUAACUUCUAGACUGCAAGGCUGCACGCUAAAGAACCCACUUUAGGCACACGCCAGGGUUCUCGGCAGCAACUUGACUGCUGUUCUGCUUUGAAAGGUUCUUCAGACGUUUUCCCAGAUUUCAGGGGUGGGUUGACAGGUACCGUAUUUUCGCUCUAUAAGACGCACCAUAAGACGCACCUAUAAGACCAUAAGAUGCACCUAGUUUUGGAAGAGGAAAACAAGAAAUUUUAAAUCCCAGAAGCCAGGACAGCUAGUGGGAUCACAGCGCAACGAUCCCGCUGGCUGUCCUGGCUUAUGGGAUAGCCGCGUGCAGCCUCUCCCUGGCAAGGGGAGCCUUCAUCCCCUGCCCGGAAGAGGCUGCGCACUGCUAAGGCUCCCCCAAGAGCCGUGCUCCAUUUAAAGAGCACACGGAGUGUGUGUGCAGCUCUUGGGGGCUUUUCCCCAAGCAAAGCCCCCAAGAGCCGCACACACGCUCCACACGGCUCUUUAAAGGGAACGCUGAGCAGAGCCUCCCGCCUGCAUUUGCUCCAUAAGACGCACACACAUUUCCCCUUACUUUUUAGGAGGGGAAAAGUGCGUCUUUAUAGAGCGAAAAAUACGGUACAUGACGAGGGAGGGCACUUCUAGAAAAGUUGGGUUGCACACACAGCGUUCUUCAUGCGGUUUUCAUAGCCUACCUCAAGGUAACAGGUGGGUAAUAAAUUGAGAUGGUGAUGAUGAGAAACACUCUUGCUUGAUGGACUUUCCUUCAAACCAGCUUCCAUCCAAUUAGAAAACAGAAGCCUCAAUUAAGCAGAGGUGUGCACAUUUCAGGCAGCCAGUGCGCAUGCGCAGUUAACAGCCGUAGUGAAGUUCAGCGUGGGAAACAAAUCAUGUUUGGGGCAUCGGGUGAAGACAUCCCUGCCCCCUCUCUGGUCCAUAUAGCAAUAUAAAAAAGUGUCUUGGGCUGCAGGGGCUACCUCACCAUGUUUCAAGCCAUUAAUAUGUACCUAGCCAGAGUGCCUUACAGAGUCAUGGUUCAAAAUCCUUUUGCAUCGCUGCAGUCAAACUGCUGAGGAUCUGACUUUGUAGAAUGCCAAAUCGUUACAAGACAUAGGUUUGCAUAAUCACUACUUUAUUCUUUUUAAACUUUUUUGUAAUUCAAAGAUGACACAUUGCAUAGGGAAGUGAAAAACAUUCUAAGAAAAUGUAAAUGUUUUGUAACUUAGAAAAAAUAACAAUCCGGUUUUUUUAAAUUUAAAUUCAUUUGUGGACCUAAUUCCCUUGAAGCCUGUAGAAGCAAAACGCCUUUAUUCUACAUUCUUAAGAAAGCUGUAAAUUUUUUCCUUGGAAAAAUUGCAACUUUAAAAAGAGGAUUAUAGUGCUGACCUUGUCUCCUCUAUUUUUAAAUAGAUUUUACUGCAUAAUCAUUGGUAAUCGUAUACAUGAGGUUUUGUUUAAAAGAAACACAAAGGCUUAAUUGUAUUUUUUUAAAGGAAAGUAUUGCAUCAGAAGGAUUCAUUUAAAUACAUUUGGCUCUGGGCUCUCUUCACAAUUCAUUCAUUCUGAUUUUCCCCUGGACUUGUUAAGAAUGCAAAAUUUAGGAAGGACUGAGCCAAAUAACGCUUUUUAGAUCACUACAUUCUGGCUUCAAAGCAUAGUUCAGCUCAAAAACCUCUGUUACUAAAGAAAAUACUUCAUUUUAAUUCUCUGUUUGCAGUUGCAUUUUUUAAAAAAGCUAUUGUCUAAAUGUUAGGGCUGUUGUGACUCACAAAAGCAGCUAGUUCUGGGAUAAUGUCAGUAUAAUUGGCUGUUUGAAAGGGCGACAGCAGCAGAGAAAAUGCAGGGAGAGCCACUGUAGGUAUACAGGUCACUGUAAAGACAUGUGUAUACAUGCAAACAUCUUAAUGGCUAAGGCUUGAAUAAUUUUGAAAUUCUGAAUGGCCAGUAAUGCAUUUGUAGUGCGUCGUAAAGGCAUUCAAUAAUAUAGCCUGGGAGUCCCAACCCUUUUGAUCCUAGCAGCAGAUCUGAAAACUUAAGAAACUGCCAUGGGCACCACGAAAUGCCCAUUUCGCAAAAGAAAAAUUGGGAGUGCUCAGAACCCCCUCCCUGCAAACAGCAGGCAAAACACUGCACAAACUCCCCAAACAAAACAUAAGAAAAUAAAGUAGGCCAGUUGCACAAACACACCAAAAAUGCAAUCCUACCCAUCCAACAGUCUCAAGCCCCCUAAUAUAAAAAAGAAUUGGGGGGCUAGGAGCCUGAGGCCCCCAAAGCACCACACUGGGGACCCUUCUCUAGCCAGCUUUUUCCAGCCCAGCAGCAAGUGAUUGGAAAAGCUGUUUUUUCGCCCUUAUAGCCAAUCAGCUUCUCUUUGCUUUACAGGAGAGAAUCUUUCAGGUUUUCUUUUUUCCUUUAUUGUUAUUUUUUUAAUCUUCCUUCCGUGUACAGGAAAAGAUUGUCGGCCACAAAUCACUGGCCUGGCAAUGAAAGGGCAACUAUCUUGUGCUACAAGAGCAGCACAGUAGUAGCAAAAAAGUUGUGUUGGUUUAUGUACUGCACGCCAGCAGUUUGGGCUCUAGCAUCAUUCUGCAGACCAGGAAUUGAAAACCACUCUUUUAUAAACUAAUAAAACUAUGCCCUGAUAAGGGCAGUCCUUUUCUAUAAUGUAUAUAUAUUAAACGGUAGUGAUAUCCAUAAUCACAGGUCCUUCUAAUGGUGUAAUAUUCCAUGCUAAGUAAUUGAACAGAAUUCAGCAUCUGCUGACAGAUGAAUGCUUUUUCAGCUUUAAGGAGGACCCCUGGAAAAAACAUACGACUAGAAAUUAAAUACAGAUCCGGAAAGGAUGACAGGAAACUGCCCAGUUCAGAGUACUUGGGAGAGUAACAAAAAGUGUUUUUGGUUAACAGCCUAAAGUGUGUUGAAAAACCCAUCAGCGUAUUAUGAGCAUUAAAUACAUCUUUGUUGUAUAAGCUUUUUCGUUUUGUUUUCCAAACAGAAUGUUGUAGAACUGGUCAAGCCCGCCGAUAGCCCUUUCCCUGCUCCUUUGGAAGAAGGUUUGGCGAACGAUAUAUAUUCCAAAUUUAUAGCACAGAUCCCAGGUGAAGAGGAUGCAACUAAGGUAAAGGAGAAUUUUCCCAUUAAAGCUAUCUUGGUCAAGGAAAUGAUAUGCUCCUUAAUUAUCCAUCAAGGUGAGGCUUUUGGGAACUGCCGCCAUAUAAAUUUUGCUGGUCUUCUAACACAGAAGCAUAGAAUUAUAGAACUGGAAAGACCUUGAGGAUCAUUUAGUCCAACUUCCUGUAAUGCAGGAAUAUGCAACUGUCCCUUACGAGGAUCAAACCUGCAAUCUUGGUGUUACCAGCACCAUGUUCUAAUCAACUGAGCUAUCCAAAAAAUUCAAGAGGAGCUGGUGUAUUGCAUAUAUUUUACUUCCUCUGCAGAAGCAGGCAUAAUUAAAUGCAGUUUAUAAUUACACCCACUUUAAGAUGAGAAUUUGUUUCCUCUGUUACAGAGGUCCCCAGUGUGGUUCCCAUGGAAACCCAGCACCCACAGAGUCCCCCCCCCCCCCAGCUGAAAUCAGACUUGGAAGUAGUAUUCUGCUUUUGGGUUGUGUUUGUGGCACUCCUCUAAGAAAGCAGUACUGCAAAUAAAUCUGUUUUCAUUGAUGAAAUGUUGGGCACUGCGUUCGUUGAGUUUGUGCGCGCCAUGAUUUUGCAGGAUGAGAUCAAAUGCUUUGUCACCAAUUUACAAGGACAUGGCUAAGAUUAUCAGCUGCACAUUUUGUGUCCAACUGCACACUAAAAAAAAACAAACCUGGUAGAUAAUAGAAAAGGUGGCGUGUGAUGGUGCUCAUCACAAUUUCUCUGGUUUGUAGAAGCCCAUGGGCCCAAAAUAGCUGGUGACCUCUGCAUCUACUAUACCAGCUGGUAGCAAGGCACUUGCUAGCUUUGAGGCUCUGCUCUUCUGCUCAGUUUCUUAAGUAAUGUGACAGCCUUCCGUCCACUGGCUAGGCCAAAACAACCUCCCAAGUUACCUCUUUUAUGCCAAUACUGUACAGCAAUGCCGCUUUUGCAUAUGGUCCCGAAACGAACACCUUUCAUCUAAGAUUUCCUUCCACCCUGUUAGGAAAUGGAGGGAGGCGUUCCUCUGGAAGAGGAGGCUGAAGCCGAAACCAUUGUGGAUCCUUUGACAGGUUACACCAUCGAGGACGUUCAGAUGGUACUGGGCCAGAUCACGGGUGAAAUGCUCAGCGGUAUUCAGGUAUUUCCGGAGGGGUGGCGAUAGCACUCUGUUGCAGCAAAACACAACAAAGAAUCUUGUGACUUAAAAAGUUUCUUACUGCAAAGAAUUUUGUGGACUACAGUCCAUUGGUUUGUGAAACCUUAUGCCAUAAUAAAUGUGUUAGUCUUCAGGGUGCCACAAGAUUCUUUGCUGCUUUUAUUCUGUAUGCAUGAUGCAUACAGAAAUGUGCAUUGAUGCAGGAUCCUGCACACAGCUCAUUAUAGACUCAAGUACAAUACAGUGGUACCUUGGUUCUCAAACUUAAUCCGUUCUGGAAGUCCGUUCCAAAACCAAAGCAUUUUUUGUUCAUAUUAUUUAGUCCCUGCCCAUUGACCUUAGAAAUAUACUAUUUCUGUAAUCCAAGCAAUGCCUAAAUUAUUUGGAAUUGUUUCUGCACUCAAGCCCUUUUGGAUUGCUGGGACGUUUCUUUUCCGUAAUUAGCUGGAAGCAGAAUUAAAAUAGAGGUCCUAUAUUAUGAUCCUUGUAUAACGCUUACCCACAAGUUAGCCACAUUCAUCAGAGACACUUUCUAACAUUAGUUAAAAGUUCCUGUCUGCAGGAUUUGGCCUUUUCAUUGUUUUGUGCUGAUGGCUUCUGGGGAUUAGUCUCUUAAUUGCUCCAAUAUCAGUUCCUGUUCAUGCCAUAGGCAGAGUUUUAGUGACUUGUUGACCUGAAUUUUUGGAAAAAAUAAUAAUGCCAUUUUACUAUUAAACAUGAAAAGAAAAAAUUAACAUGAGAAACUCAGUAAUUAAAGCCUUCGGAUAAUACUCUGCAUAGAAACAGAAACUGAAAAUGGAGCAAUUAAAGACAGGCAUUUCCCAGGGCCAUUAAGAGCCUGUUAAUCACUAAUCCCUAGCUGCGAUCAACAGGAAGUGACACAACAGGCAGGUCCUACAAACUUGAAACCUUUAAUUAAAGGCACAGGAACUCAGGAAAGCUGGAAUAGUGCUUUGUCUGUCCCCAGUGGGCAGGCUGGUGCUGCAGUUGCAUUUUAUUGCUAAAAACGUUUUCAAAAGUUACAAAUCAUAAAAUAUGCCGGAGGACAAUACAUAACAGCGAGGAUUUGGCAGUGGUGUCCCCUGGAUUCUCUACAAAAAGUAAGUGAACAAAGAAUAGCAAUUCCAGAAGAAAGGGCUGGAGUGGAAUGCUAGAUAAUAAUGCAUAGGGUGAAAAGUGUGUUUCAUGCAGCAGCAUACAAUUUUCCAAUAUAGAAAAUAAACAGGACUAAAGGUUGGUGUGUGGUUUGUUUCAGUCGUUAGUUUAUUGUUUGGCAGAUGCAAGGACAGAAGAAUAAGGCAAAUCAGGACUGCGCAGAGUAGGACCUACAAAGCUUUAACAAACCCCACCAGCCAUGUGUUGUGGCCUACCAAGUACACAACAGCUCACCCACUGCUAUUUUUUUGUCCUAGCUGGGCAGGAAAAGCAGAAAAGCCUAUAUAUGGAGAAGUGCCCUCCAUAGGUAGCAGGCAGCAUCCAACAUGAUACAUUGUAAGGUGUGUAGGUCUAGGUUAGAUAGUACCAUUCUGCGAGAGUCUGCAUAGUCAGCUUCAGAAAUAACCAUCAUACGACUUCCUUGGUUUGUAAGUCUACUGUGUCAUAUAAAGACAUUUGCAUUCUUGCCCUCUCAUGCAGCACUAGGAAGCAGUUGAAGGACAGUCAAGCUAACCUCACAUGUUUGUCCUCUUUUUCAAUAAUUGUAUAGAAGAAAACACAGUUCUCUUCAGUGGAUUUGCAACCAACAGUUCCCUCUAACGCAAAUCAGGGGUACUUAAUAAAAUCUCUAUAAGCACAUGCCUUUAGGAUGGGCCUCUUCUUUCUCCCUUCCUCCCCAUCUUCUGCCCCCGGCACUAUUGUGAAAAGUCAGACAGCCCCCCAAAAGAUACAUUUAAAAUAAAGCAAUGUAGGUAUUUUUAUUUGCAUGUUGGCAAUUUGCAAAAAUGUGUCAGUGGGCAAAAUAAGAUUUGGUUAUUUUGAUGUAUAUCUAUCUAGUGCCUGCCAUUACUUGAAUAUCUUGUGGUUUAAUCCCAGUACAAGGACUGUCUCUCUCUCUCUCUUUCUCUCUCUCUCUCUCUCUUUGCCCCCACCCCUGCCUUGUUUCUCACGAGGCUUCAUAUCUUUUUGGAACCAGUUUUAGACUUGGAACAAUUAAGCUGCUAUCCUGUUUGCACUUACUGGGGAGUGGUAGCAUUGAACUCAGUGGUGCUUAGCCAUGCAUAGGAUUGCAGUAUUUUAAAAAUGUUAAGUGUAAGACUCUCUGCUUCUAUGGCCCAGCUAUCGCUCUUUUCUCAUCUCUCCUUCUCCCUGCUCUCUUCAUCCUGUGUGAGCCAUUUGCUUUUUGCCCUGUUUCUGGAGCUGCUGUCUUGCUCAGCAUCCCCACAUACGAUAAGGAGAAGGAGAAGUUCAUCCUGUGAUCGCUAUAAAAGUGAAUCUCUGGAAAUCCAUCUGUAUUGUUGUCUAUAGCCGUGAACCAUUUCAUUGUAGUGGGUCUUUGUCCGAUUGAACAGAUAACCCUCCUGCCAAAAUCAAGGAGGAUACUCAUCAAGCCUCAGGGAUUUUGGAUGUCGUCUUAGGGGCAAAUUCAAGGUGCCCUUUUGUCUUUAUGUUCCACUGUCUAACUCCCCCACUCCCUUCCUUCCUUUUUUAUUCUGGAGGAUUUUAUUAAUCUGGGCCACGUAUGAGGAACAUGAUAUGAUUCUAAUCUGUAUUCAUUUUAUUUAAGAUGCAUCUUCUGCCACCAAAAAGGGACCCAGAGCAGGGUGCAAACAUUACACAAUCCAUAAAGCCAACGAUUAAAACAAUUUUACAACCUAGUUUACAUCUUUUGUUGAGGUUCGCUAUUAACACUGUCUCUGAAACAAAUUGUUUCAAAUUUGGCUUAUAAAAAUACUGUGUGGUUUUAACUAGGAUCCCUAGGGGCCACUAAUGGGGCUUCAAACUUAAAUAUCAGAAGAGCACCCUGAGGAUCUCUUAACAGUGAAGGCAUAACUAAUCUGUGUUAAAUUAUUCUGUUCUUAUGCACUCAUGUUCAGAGACAUGAGAAGUAUUUAACUGGGUGAGUACAAGGUCCUUUUUCGUCCAUCAUUUUUGUCAGAAUCUCAGCAACCAUUAUACAUGAGGCCUUCCACCAGAAAUUGGCUAAAAUGGGCCACAAUAUGCCUGUGCCAUAUUUAAAACAUUGCCUACUAGUUCUCUUUCACAAAGUGAUUUUUGAGCUAAAUUCCGUUCCAGUUCCCCAAGACUUCAACAACAUCAUUUUGAAUUCAGCAGAGAAUUUGGUAUUAACUCUUAGAUGCAUUUAAACUAUGUCUAAAGUAGCAGAGAGAGAAAAACAGUUCUUGAAACCUUCAUUUCUGUUGUAUUCUGUCGCUUUGGGAGCUGCUUUUGUCAACCAUAUUCCCUCCACAAAAACAGGAAAUUACAGAAUGCACGAAAGUAUACAUUUCCUACAAAAGAGAUACACACAUCCACCUAUUUAAAAGGCUACAUAAAUUCCAAGGCCAUGGAUACAUUCAGCCAGCAUUUGUACAAAGUUGCAGAAACAAAACAAAAUGAAAGUUGCAGAAACAUACUAUCACUGUCAAGGAUUAUUUGUUGCCAUCCUUAUGACAUUGUUCUGAAUACUGCAACGAAAUCCAAGCAUUCUGAUGCUUGUUUGUAUGAUGUUCAUUUGCAAUGAAGCUUUAGUUGAGAGAGACAAGCAACAUCUAAUAAAGUAGUUCCAGCUUGUUGUUGUGCACAUUGCUUCAUUACAUUUCCAGUAAUGCACUCUUAAGUGCAAUAGAUCUGCUCUAAAGAUUAAACAUCUGCUGUGAAGGGAGGGGAGAAUGGAAAAUAACUCAAAUGCCAGAGAAUUCCACCUCCUCUCACCAAUUUAGAUUUAUUGGUAAAAUUCAUCUGAGAAGGCAAGGUUACUGGUCGGGUGGAUUGAGAGAUGGUUCCUGUUCAUGACAAGCAUAUAUAGUGCAUUGAACUAUGCACACAGCAAUGAAAUAAAGUAUUGUUGUGCAAGUACAGGCUGGGGCAUCGUAACAUCUGCAAAACAGGAAGAUGUCCAAAGAAUAAUGUCUGCCUUUGCUACAGUGAAACCAUGAAGACAAUGUGCAGUAGCUGAUAGCUCAGUUACAUCUACUUCUUCUUUAAAAUUGUCUUUACAGACUGAGAUUAAUGAAAGGCUACAAACGCAGCAAGAGGCCUAUUCUGCAAGAAUAGACAAGCUGAAGAAGGCCUGAAAGAACUGAGCAAGCAGAGGGAUGGUGGUGUCUUACACUUGCUAUAUAAAACACAGGACAGCAAGCCCUGUGAUGUGUUUCUAUUACCUAUAGUCAGCGUAAUUGGGACGCUGUUUCAUCAUCCAGAAAGCACUGUUCUUUACCAUAGCACAUCUAUUUUUAUAUUAUUUGAGUGUUCUAUGAAAAGAUAAAUAAAAUUAAACUUUAAUUUUCCUC